GAUCACCUCCACCUCCACACACACCUCCCAUUCCUACAACUCCAGCCGGGAAACUUGGUAAGAAUUAAUUAUUUAAUCGCAUAUAUCAGUAAUAUAAGACUUGGAGCAUUCACUUUCGAAUAUCUUCGCUCUAGCUCCGCGACAAAAAUUGCGCCGAAAUCACCGUUCUUAUACAUGUAUGUGAUUAGAUGCCCUCUCUAUAUGUUUUUUUGCCAGCACCCCUAGCCUUAGUCGUAGUAGUGCUUAGCUGUUGAUAUUUGCUCAGCGAAUAACUAAAUAAACAGGUGCGUAGCUAACUGUUCGUCGAUACGAAUGUGAGUACCUGAAAAUUGUCAAAGACUGAUAAAAACAACUGCAAAAAUAGAAAGUUGCAGUAAAGAAACAUUAAAGAAGAGCAAAAUAUUUAAUGAGUAAUUGAGGACGAAAAAAUGCAAACACCUAAGUAAUGUAAUUCUUCUCCAUAGCUAGUGUUUUCCCCAAUUUGGAAAAGUCGCAACUACUCCGUGUACAGAACAUUGCCCUAAAAUCAAAAGAGAGGUGAUUACAGACAAAAGGGUGUUGAUUAUGACAACAAAUGCAAGUUAAUAAAAAAAGACUUCGAACUAGACAAUCUGACUUCAGAAUAAGUCAUUAUUAGAAGUUUAGAUAAUGUAAACCAUGAGUUGCAGCUACUAAUGUUACGUUUUCUUGCCCCAGUUUUCAGUUGUGACUUUAACAAACUUAAAGAUCUGUGCGGAUUUGUUCAGUCAAAAAUGACAAAUUUAAUUGGACCCAGCGAUCAGGAUCAACUCCGUCUGUCAAUACCGGACCAAGCGCAGAUGUCUCUAAGAGUGGUAAUUGAAUAAUUUAAGUUAUUAGCUCUUUAAAAGAUCCCGUAAAUACGAAAAUGACAAUACAUGUAAUUGCCAAUCAUGGAAAAUGCUACAAUGGUUUAACAAGUUAUUUUUGCUUGAUGUCUCUUACGCAAACUGUCGUCCAUUGUAAACUGCCAGAAUGUAGCACAAGGACGCAGAAACGAACGAAAUGUUGUAGCAACCAGUUAGCUUAUAGUAACAGAUCAGAUUUUCCGUUAGAAGUCUCCCUGGCAGCCCUCUUUAGUGUCGUCACGCAACGCUCCUGCUGCGUGACGACACUAAAAGCGACUGCGAGGGAGACAAAUUUUCCUUUGGAUUUCAACUCAUGCAAAAUAUUCCAAACAGAAAAAUUUAUAUGUGAAAAAAUAAAAUUAUAUAUUGUACUUUCAAUUUCGUCAGGGAAAUACGUAUACAUCGAGACUUCUUCCCCUAGAGUUCAAGGAGAUAACGCAAUUCUGGUCAGGAGUGGUCUGUCAUUCAGCCCCAAGAAAUGUCUAUCUUUCUAUUAUCACAUGUAUGGCAGCUCAAUGGGAACACUUAAUGUCCGCGUUGGUAACAGUACGAUAUUUACAAAGUCUGGUAAUCAAGGAAAUAAGUGGAUUAAAGCCUCGGUUGAAAUCAAUAAUCCUGACCCUGGAGCGUCAACGGUAAGUGUAAACGGUUCGUAGUUUCUUGAUGAACAACGCGGACGGGUGCAAUCACCAAAUAACAAAAGAUCACCAAUUACAAAAAGAUUGACAAUACAACCCCGCUAACUCGAACUCUGAAGGGAAACCAAAAACAGUUCGGGUUAUCAGGGUAAUUUUUAGUGAUGUUUUGAUCAGCGCAAAGUAGUUCGAGUUAGCGGGGAAUUCGAGUUACCUGGGUUCGAGUUAUCGACUGUACAAUGAACAUUAUAGCCACACCACAACUAGUAUUCCAAUAUACCCUGUAUAACUCUUAUGUACCCUGGUAUAAUUAAACCCAUGAUGUAUACCUGUGUAUUCUUUACUGAUACCCUGUACAUCAUUGUGUAUCCUGUUAAACCCAUGUACCCGGUCACCCCCAGUCAAAACUCUGUUAAGCCACGUAUACCUUAGUAUUCCAGUAUACACUCUGUACUCGUAUCCCGGUUACUUUAUGUAUACCCUUGUAUUCAUAAAUAACAUGUAUACCCUUAGGCACACUGUUUACCUAUGUAUACCCACCCAAGCGAACCAACAGUGGUUUCCGAAACACCAAGAAACACAUCACUCGGGCCGGGUGAAUGGUAUAAAAUUCCCGCACAGCCUAAGCCAUACGUUUAUCACGCAUUCACUCGUCAACUCGAGUAACCCUUACUGUUCGUAUACGCUCUUCGUUUUUUUUUUGUUUAAUAAAUAUUAUCCGCAGUGCCAAUUUGAAGUUGUACCAGUAAGUAAUUAUUAAUUAGACACUCAGGCUUUGAAGAAGUCUUAGUGGAGGACAGUAAAAUUAAUUUAAUAAAUUUAAUUUAAUAAAAUCAUGACUAAACAAAUAAAUUAAAUGAGAGUAUUUUGACAGAGUAAGAUUUUUUCAAUUUUCGGGAAAAAAUAGUCAUUUUCGUCAAUGAUCUUCAUGACCCUUCUUAGCUGAUAUUCGAAGGAAUACGUGGACGCAUUUUUACGGGGGAUGCUGCAAUAGAUAACGUCGAACUGAGAGAAUGUGGAGGCGGCGGAGGCGGAGGUGGCGGAUGUGGUAAGUUAAAUCGUAUUCUCUUUAAUAAGCCCCCAGCUCCCAGUCCCCCCAUUGUCCGCUUUCACAAUGUUUCAUUAUUAAAUUCCCAGUUUGUAAUAAUGUGUUAUUGAACUUAUACUUGACUCUCAAGUAAAAACUAUCACAAACAAGAACUGACCAAUGUUUUGUUUGUCUGGUUUUGUUUUUGUUUUUGUUUUUAUUUUUUAGGUCAAACAACAACCGCGCCACCAAUCAAACGUAUGUUUUAACUUGGAAGUAUAUGACUAUAUAUCAUGAUAACUAGGGUUAUGACGGAAGGCCUGUUAUUGUCACUCUGAUAUGAUUUAUACUUUAAUUUAUCUUUACGGUUUGCUGAGGUUAUUUAUAGAGAGAUGAAGCACCGCGUAUUUUCUUUUCCCGCGAACGGUAGAGAGGGUCACAUGAUCUAACUUUUCCUGCGUUUGCCAUUUGUCGGCCGCGGUUUCAACGCGAGGAGGACAUAUUUCCCGUUUGAAGAAAACGCGAAAACGCGAGUAUUUGCAGCCCAUUUGUACCGACCUUUUCAAUCUUCUUUUAGACCUCUUAUUUUUAUAGAUGUGCCCCUCGUUUAUCAUCCUUCCUCCAGGUCUACAUGUACUAUUUGUAAAGCUAAAAGAGUUUUAACCCAUUCGCCCCUGAACCCCCCUUAACCGCCCGUGCGGAUCCAUGUCCUUUCUACCCUUUGUGACGUCAUCAGUUUUAACGGUCAAGGACAACUUUGUCCGCUAACUUGUGCAGAGUGAAGAGAUCUUUCAAACCAUACCAGAAUGACUACAAUUCAGUCAAGGACACCGGAGAAAGGGGCAAAAAACCAUGUAACAUUGACCUGAAAACCUCCAUGAAAAUCUUGUUCCAUUGCCCACCUACCCUUCCUUUCACCUAAUCCUAAGAUCCUGAAAGCUUUCCUAAAAACUAUUUCCACCAAAAUGAAGCCUACUAAAUGCCCAGCAAGAGAAAAAAAAAAUGAGGCAAGAAAAGCGAAAAAAGAGGGGAGGAGAGAAAGCGAAAAGUAAAAGUCAAGACGGCUGUGUCACUUUUUAAAUCCCAAAACUCGAAAUUUUGCUUUCUGCGCAUGCCCGAACUUCGCAAGCUGAUAUUUUGCAUCUGGAUCAGAAGGACAUGUAGUGUACGAGCUGUAAACCGGUUUGUGGUAAGUCUUAGCUCUUUAUAGCACGACAGUGACCAGAAAACCACUCGACUAGCUUCAAAACGCGUUUUUCGGCAAAAUCUCCAGGAGGGAAUGGGUUAAGCAAAGUACCACACUUUUUGAAAAAAAUCCACUUUUCAGGAUAAAACAACCAAAUCUGUCUAUUUCAUGUCAAAUCAGGUGAGAAAGUUGGUAAAAGGCCAUUUUUAGGUUUUUGAUUAAAUUCGAGCGAAAAAAGAUGACAACUUCUCUGUAUACUUUUUGUCUAGUCACAGGAAUGGCGACCAAGAAUAUUUGCCGUGUAUCAUACGUAUCAAAGACGAGGAGUUAAAAAUAUGUACAAAAAUUGUCUAUAUUAUUUAAAAAUUAAUUAGGUAUGUUAACUAAAUGUUUCCAGGUCUUAAUUUUUAUUUUAAACAGAGUAAACGUAUUUACUUAGUUUUAAGGCCUCUCGGAUGUUAAAAAAAAAAAAUAAAAUGAACAAAUCAUUGUGUUUAAUACUCUAAUCAACACGUUACUUUACUAGCAUUCAGCUGUAACUUCGACAAUUCAACGUGCGGCUUCGUACAGGCCAAGAAUGAUACGUUUGACUGGACACGAAGAUCAGGAAGCACUCCGUCUUCACUGACCGGACCAUCUUCUGACCACACGUCAGGCAAAGGUUGGUAUAAUAGAAACAUACCUUCAGUAAAUUAAUGAGUGACUGGUGCAUCAAGAGCCUCUUCGUUGUUAACUUACCUGCUUACCUGGGUAAAAUAGAAGGAGAUGGUGGCCGAGUGCGCGCGAGGUAGUCUUCCCUAAAAACUCCGCUGAUGUCUUUCCUCAAAAGAACGCUUUUUGAUUCACGACUUUAAAAGCGAGAAGGAGCCGAAACGUAUCCCACAAUUGCUUGUGGGAUCGUUACUGGGGACGCGCCCUCAGCUACAGGACAAUUUUUCCCCUGUCCCUAAUAGCAAUCCCAAAAGUCUUAUCGAAAGUUAACUUGGCCCAAAAGUUAACUCGUUUCCAAAUAACCUACCACGAACAAACAAAUGUUCAAAAAUGUUACACCUUAGUAUGAAGUGUCUCCUUCCUCAGUUUGGAGAAGUUUCUAAGUUUAAAAAUAAUUAUGAUGCAAAAUACUUCUAUUUUCUACUUGUAAAGGAACAUGUUAACAGACAACGUUCGAUAUAUUAAAAUUCUGAGGCUUUCAGUGGUCAUUUUUCUAGGAAUUGCGAGACAGUGGAGUCGUGAAAAAUUUGUAAUUUUGUCCAUAAAAGCCUCAGAGUCAUGUUAGAAUUUUAAUACGGUAUAUGAAAGGUGAGCUAUUUCAUUUCCUCUGCAACUGAAAUGUGCUCAAAGUGUUUCUGCUCAGCAUUAAAUUGUUGAACUGCGAUUUACGAACUUGCUCCAAUGAGCAGCAUUGCUCGCCAAUAUUGAACCUGUAAAAAGAGUUAAUCCGCGGUAUCUUUUCUCAGGGUACUACAUGUACAUAGAAGCAUCCUAUCCCCGAGUGAAAGGCGAUAACGCAAUAUUGGAAAGACCCCUGUUGACAUUUGGAGGGAACAUGUGUUUUAAAUUCUUUUACCAUAUGUAUGGUGCAACUAUUGGAAGCCUGAGAGUCAAGAUCGGUACCCAAACAGUGUUCACAGCAAUCGGUCAAAAAGGCAACAAAUGGAUCGAAGCCGCUGUAAACGUACGUUUUAGCGGAAAAUAUCAGGUAACACAUAUUUUUUGCCUUUUAUAUAAGCGGCGAGAUAGAGUCAUAGUAAAGAUUCAGCAGUAAACACUAAAAUGACUGUUCCCUCAGGAAACAGUUAAUUUCCCGAGAAUCUCAUUGUUUCGCGAGGCAGAACCGAGAAAACAUUGAGAUUCGAGGGAAACAAAAUUAACCGUUUCCCAAGGGCGCAGUCCGCUUUAAGUUAUUUGUUAUAUACCCCACGAAGAAAAACUUUUUCGCGUACAAAUGCGAAAGAGAAUUGUUUCUGCGAUAAAGAGAGAAAAAAUCUUUUUAUUUAUGUUAAUACAGUGUCAAAUAAUCUCAAUUUUGCUUUGUAGAGGUCUUUCUAAGUUAAUUAUUAACGGUAAAUCAGGGAGAAACAUGGAGGCGGUACUCCUGUACACGACACAAGUGAUGCCAGCUCUCAAACAAGUGAACUUCCUUUCAGUUAAAAACAUGUUAGAAGAAGGCUUAUUAGGACAUGACCACAUCACACUGAAUACCACAGCAUAUUAUGCAACCAAGCAACAGAUAGAUAACCGGAAGUUUCAAUUCAUGAGCCGACGACAAUCGUAUUACAUAAACUAUCGUUCAAGCCGUAAAAGAAAAAAAGUACUCAGCCAACUGGAAAUAAAAGGUCAUCUAUGAAAACGAUAAUUUUUGCUUUGAAACACCGAUUAACAGUCAAGUAACUGAUGGCUUGCACAUCAAUCUUACUCGGAGCCCCCGGAAAAAGACUCAAGAGGCCACCCCUACCCCCCCCGGAAAAUUGCCUCCUUUUUGACCGUCCCUCCCCUUUCGAAUUUCCGUUGCCCUCCGUGGAAGGCGGGUAUGGAUAUUAUCUGGAAGUACACAAUCUCAGUAUUAGGUCAUAACCCAAUGUCUUCUAUUGAUAUUGUCGACUGGUUCGAGCUGAUUUAUAGUAACUUUUGUAGAUAUCAUUUGAAGGCGUGAGAGGUAGCAGCUACGCUGGUGACAUCGCAAUCGACGAUGUUUCCUUGGUACCUGGAUCUUGCUCGUCAGGUAAGUUUCUUUCUUGCUGAAUCUCUAGAACCGACCAGGGAUUAAAUAAACGAAAGAUAUUUGCAAACCAAAGAAAUCAUAUUAACAGCAACGACCGACUUUGAAAUUUCCCAUCACGUAAGAAAAUUAUACCUUGUAUAAAAUCUGUGACAUACUAAUUUCACUCCACUUUUGUUUCUAAACCUGUGAAGAUGGUAAUGUUACGCGGGACGAUUUGCAACGACGAUUUUUAACGCAACACAGAGUUGCAAUGCUGGAACAAUGUUCUAACCAUUCGAAACAAUGUCGCAACAAUGCUGCAACGCUGUGUUGCGCUGAAAAUCGUCGUUGCGAAUCGUCUCGUGUAACUUCACCUUAAAAGAAUGAUCAGGCCGGCUUCUAUUUGAGCCCUUAAUAGCGGAGCUCUCUCUCGGGCGCGCAGCGGAGCACCAUGGGUAAGACAAAUUGGAAAUCCAUGACCAGGGCGGAUCGCCCUGCCCAUGACGCCAGAACGGCCGCCGUCCGUGCACCCACUACAUGUAAGUCGAUGAUAAUUAUUUAUAAAUGUGAGGUUAUCAGUUUGGCGGGGAAGCGCACCGGCAUCUUGUGAAGCAAAGACAACUAAAGAGUCAAGAAAGACGAAAACGGACAAAGGAAAAUGUUUCUGUAUCUGUCCGUGUUGUCUAAAGUAUAAGCUUUAAUUAAUUGUCAUGCCUAAAAAUUUGGAAUAUAGAGAAACAGAAAGACAGAGAAAAAGAGAAAGUAGGGCGACAGGCCAGCGAAGCUCAAUGAGAAAAAGAGCUGGAGCGAGAGAGAAAAAACAAAGGAGACAUUUUUUGUUGGAGGAACAACAUGAAAUUUUGUAGCGGCGGUAAGAAAAUGAGAAAUGCUUGGGUCCACCAGGGUGCAAUGAGCGACGUGAAAAAAAAAAGUGAACAAAAACAAGUACGACCUUUCCCCCAAAAAACGUGUAACCAGGAAGUUUCUGAAAGUUUCACGCCGUAGUCGUACAAAACAACGGCAAAGAAAUGUACAAAAAAGUGUGCUGCACUUUCAAAAUUGUUUUCUUGCUAAUUAGACCUGUUGCUGUUUUUUCACCGUUCUCGUGGGCUUCGCCGCUUAGCAUUACACGAUUUUAUAUGUUGUUUCACAAGCAAACUAUAAAUAUUAUCGAGAACUUUGCUUAUGGCCUGGCUAAAUGUAUAAAUUAAGGAUUUUCUAAAGAGCCGUGUAUUUAAUUUUGCAUUGGUGGAUGAUAAAUAUCUCCACUUGCCUUUUUUUCUCACGAAUUUUUAACUCGUUCGUAAGAUUGCUCGUUGCAUUAAAAUAGUAAUCACAGUAUGGUGUAUCGUAUCGCCCCUCGCCGCGAGUCGUUUAGAUCCCACCGUUACUCCACCACGUAGGUCAACAAAACUUUUAUCGCACUAAGAAGUAAUCGGAGAGAUGGGCAUGGUUCAAAUUAAUUUCAGUUUCUUUUGUGACGCUUUCUUUAAAAAAGUUAAGUUAAGAAAACAUACUUCAGUUGAAAGGACAAAAUGAUGACCAAUGCAACUUCCCUCUAUUCCAAAGGUGACCAAACACAAAUUAGUCUUGCGAUUCCCACAUUCGUCUACCGCAGUUAUUCGUAAGAAAAAAAUUUAUUUUAAUUAAUAACGUCUGUUUCAGGCUUAUGGCAACUGGUUUUGCCAAAGUGCUCUUGUCUUUAGAUGACUUUUAAUUUUCCCAUAGUAUUCAAUCUUGACUUUGCUUUGUCCAUAUAUAAAUUUAACAAACGUUUCAACUGUUUCAGUCACGACUUAUGCUGAAAUACAAUGAUAUCUUGAAGUCGGACCACUCCAUACUCUCAUAUCGCUUUUCUUUAUUUCCAUGAAUAGUGUAGAAUAUACUUUAAUUUGCCUUCACUUUUUUUAAGGGAGCAUAAAAGUACAAAGAAAUGUCACUUGACAACUUGAGAAAACAGCCGGAAUUUUGUGACGCCACUGACCACUGGUUACAAAAGUCUGAGAAAAGAGCGCAGAAAUUCCGGACCGAUGACGUGUCACUACUGAGACCUUCCAAGUGUUUCUGGUUGGUCGUGCAUCGUUGGCCAAUCAGAAGCAGCACCAAGAUCUAGGUAGUGACGCAUGAGUUCUCAGACGUCAUUUCACGGGAAAACUAGUGGCAGAUUUUCUCAUUUUCGUUUCUAUCCCUAUAUUUGCGAAAAGACUUAUUGAUGUUCGUCUUUUUAAGAUGAAAAACAGGUUAUUUGGCAAAUAAUAAUUUUCAUCUUUUAAAAAGCACAUUUAUACCACAAAAAUAACCAAAAAAGGAUAUCGCUGCUCCCAACCCGGGUUAAGAUGAUCUACAGCAGUAAAAGAGGGGUAAGACCAGUUUUGAUUUGAGCCCGUAGUAUAAGGAUUUUGUCAGGUGGCAUAUUGAGCUGGUGUCUAUCCCUUUUCAGCACAGUUCGAAGGUUAGUGAGUUUUCCAUCGGCGGUUUAACUUGGUUUAACUCGUUUUCAUUUCUUUUGAAUUGUAGUUACUCCAUCACCACCAUCAACGCCGGCACCUCCAACCCCAUCCGGUAUGUAUCAGUCUGCGGCCCUAUAACAGUUUAGUACUCUCUAGAAAACUUUGUUAGUAAUUAAGGAUUAAACCUGUCGUUUAGAGCAUCAGCAUAAAUGCUAGAAAACAAGAAACGCUUGCGUAACAAUAGACACAGGACAAUGUUUAAAUUCAACUAAGCAAUUAUCAGUAAUUGUAUAAACUCAAUGAUGAGUUUUUCUAAUGUUGGCUCUAUUUUUUAUAUAUAUUUGUCUUCGUUUCUUUUGAAUUUCAGUUACAACUCGUCCACCAUCAACAACACUGACACCGUCAACCCCAUCCGGUAAGUAUAACUGCCAUAAGUGGUCCCUUAUAUAACAAGCAGAAGUGGACAACAGCCACAAAAGAAAUCAAAAAUGCACUAUACAGUGAUCCAAAAGAGCCAAUCAAUGAUUCACAGCAGCUCAGAAUCCAACAGCUACAUAAAUCAGGACGCUAAAAGAGUCCUUCAUCACUGAUCACUCCAACUACAGUCUGGGAGUUCAUUCCAAGUUUUGACUGCAGUAUGGAUGAAAGUCCUAUCAGUUUCCAUAUGAAGAAAUCGUUGUCAGUAAAUGUUAAUUGAUUGCACUGCUCAUUUCAGUUGGUACUCCGCCACCACCACCUCCAGGAACUCCUCCGCCACCAACAGGUUGUCCUGGAGGUAAUGCCCCAUCCAUUAAUUUUACCAGAUUUGCUUUGUUUUUGAGCACCAGUAGCCUCAAACACGAGCAUGAGCUCACCUUUAUUUGGUCAAAUACCUGGCUAACAGAGACAUGAACAUUAUCUUUACUUUACCAAAAUUUGCUAAAAACGUGUCUUAACCCUCGGACAUAGACACCAAUUCAUACUCCCACCGUGGUACAAACCCCUCCCCGGAGUUUUUUUAUAUGUUGCAGCAUUUUGAAACGAUUUUACCUUUAGUAGAAAGCCUUUGAUCUUCUUAACAAGAAAGGUAUAUUCUAUUCCAUUGAUGGGGGCGCUGCUGGAGGCCUGUAAGGUCACCAACAAUGGUCGCCAUCUUGGCCGUCAUCUUGGAUUUUUUUUAAAAUUCUUUUCAAUUUUAGUUACUCCAUGUCCACCACCCGGUAUGUGUAUUUUCCGUCAUAAAUCAUGCACUUGUAGUCUUAAAAAAACCUCGUUUGUAAAGCUAAAAAGGAUUAAUGUUUUAAGCUUUUACAAAAAAGUUCGUUUAGGGCAUUACGUUAAAUACUAGUUAUCAAAAAAUUAAUGAAUUAAUAGACACAAGUCCGAGACAAAAAAUGUUUUAAAUACAAUGCAAGUAAUUAUCAUUAUAUGGAUAAGUUCACUGACUAUAGCAUUUGAUAGGUCUUUCUAUCUUCCACUUGGUUUUAUUUCUUUUUGAUUAAGGAACAUCUUACAGCAAAGAGCCUAAAAGUAUGACCGCUUUGAUUUACUCACAUUCUUUCGUGCAGAUUUAAUCCAAUCAGAAGCCAGCUGAAAACUGUCCUCGACUUCUGACUGGUUAAUCUCUUCAUGAAAGAAUGUGAGUUAAUUAAAGGAGGUUACACUUUUGGGCUCCUUGCUGUAAACAUGCUGUAUUGGUUCUUGUGGUGGCCUUCCAAACGAGAUUGUUUUAAGGUGUUGCUUAAAUUUCAAGCAAGGGGUGUGGCCUUAUGGAGAGCCAUACCACUUACCACUUCUGGGUUUCAUUAUAAUAAAUAAGCUCAAUUUCGGUUGGGUAUUGUGGUGUGCCUUAGCUACUCUUUGAAUUUUUCUUUUUUCUGUGUUUCUCUGUCAUCUUUCUUUUUUUGGAAAUAUCUUUCAGAUAGUCUAGACUUCCCAAUGGAAACCGACUUUGUUGACUGUAGCAGAAUACUGCUUACAAUGCUACUUGUAUGAUCUGUGGUCUGACACUUAGAUAGUGAGAAGGUAUGAAAACUCACCUUUGGUAACACACUUUGUUACACUUUCUUGUUUAUUUGUUUUAGCAAUCACAUGCAACUUCGACGUAUCAAUGUGCGGCUUCCAGCAGGACAAAAAUGACAAGUUUGACUGGACUCGACAUAAAGGAGCAACACUAUCUUCUGGUACUGGACCUUCUGGUGAUCACACCAGUGGAAAGGGUAAGCUUAUCAAAGUUGAUCAUUUUCAGGAAACAAUCAUCAAAUAUACAAAUAAAUAAAUUCUGAAUUGAACUAGGUAAACAAUCGAGGAAAAGCUGAGCUCUUUUCUAAACUUGAGGCUUUCCUUGGGUAGGGCGCGAGCGAGUCUCCUUCUCGCGCGCCCGUUUUUUCUUGUGCCCACUACUUCCAAGCGCCUGCUUCGCAGGCCAAGAUCUGCUUAAUUCUUCAUAUCCUACGAUAGCCGAAUUCAUUAAUUGCUAAAUAAGGCCCCGUCCACACGUAUCCGUUUUUGUUUAAAAACGUAAAAUUUUCCGCUGGUUUGGCCUACCGUCCACACUUAUCCCGUUGGCAACUGUCACCGAAAACGCAUCUUAUCAAAAACGCUCUCUAAAUUGAAGAUUUUUGAAACCUUUGCCUUCUUGUCUACGUAAGGACAGGCGAAAACGUAGGUUUUCAAAUACGAUGAUGUUAUACAUCAUAUACCACUUAUAAGCUAGCAUAAGGCAUGCGCUGCGAGAAAUGCAAUCGUAUUUCCAUAUGCGUUUCAUGUGGAAAAGCGACAAUGAUUUGGAUACACUACGUGUGGAAGCGUACUGUUUUUUUAAAAAAGAGGAAAAAAAAUCCGUUUUCCAAAAUAUUUGUGUGGAAGGAGUAGGCUUUUGUACAUUAUGCUAGCAUUUUUUCGAGCAUUUUAGUGAGGCAAAAGCAUUGAGCAUUAUUCGAGCAUUUUAGUGGCAUUUUCCCCGGAAAAUUAAUUUUUCCGAGAAAAUAAAAUAGAAAUUAACUUUUUGCAGGAGCCCAUGCCCCAAUAGCCUCCCACGCAGGCGUUUUUAGGGGAGCUCGUUUUUCAUCCCUGUGGGGAGGGAUGAAAAACGAGCUCCACUAAAAACGCCUGCGUGGGAGGCUAAUGCCCCAAGAGCUCCUGCGUUUUUAAAGAAAAUGAAGAGUAAAACUCAAAAUUCACAAAAAACCUAAUACAGCUGUUUUUUUUGGCUGUAUUUAUGAACUUGUACACGUUGUAGUUGUUACUUGCAACACUUGCACGUUUUUGUAAGUGUAAACUUUGAAAUUAAUUUAAAAAAAACCUUUUGUAUAGAGAGCAUUAUCCGAGCAUUUUAGUGACUUUUUUGGGGAGACCGAGCAUUUUAGUGGGAAAAAUGGAGCAUUAAGGUGGAGCAUUUUAGUGGGGAAGCAAAAGCAUAAUGUACAAAAGCCUAGGAAGGAGCCUAAAUCAUUCAAUACAUUCCUAUUACAGAAAAUAUACACGAGCUAACGAGUGCUUUGUACAAUUGAAUAAACACAAUAAGUUCUAGGUUGGUGAACGUAUGUUCUUACAAUUAUUGAUUUUUUUUUUAUUGCGCACUGUUUUUUUUAGAGACUUACUAUCUUUCUCUCCUUAGGUUAUUACAUGUACAUAGAAACAUCCAGUCCACGAGUGCAAGGUGACAACGCUAAAUUAAAAAGUCCUCCACUGAAAUUCAGCGGAACCAUGUGUCUUAGCUUCUAUUACCAUAUGUACGGUUCAGAUAUUGGGAGUCUAAAGGUCAGCUUUAAUGGCAAAGACGUUUUCAGCAGAAGUGGUAACAAAGGCAACACAUGGCUUAAGGCUAGUGUAUCUAUUUCCUCUAUUGCGGGAAGCCAUCAGGUGAGAGACAUUUCGCUAGGCAAAACUGUGUACUUAAGUGGUUAUAAGAGACCGUGUGGGCGCGUGGUUAGAUUGUAGCAAGGUGUAUGUACUUCCAAUUAGCGAUGUUGUUCAAAAGGUAAAACAUUGUCUCUUUGUAUUUCUUAAACCUUCCUCAAUCUUUCCGUUCUUAUUCUGCACGAAUGGUCAACGAAUUCAGGUUUAUUUGUAACUGUAAAAUGUAUGUUAUGUAACUGACAUCUGCUGUAGUUGUUGUAGCAUACGUCAGAUGGCAGAUGGUGUGGAAUAAGGAAACGAAGAGUUAAAACCUUUUGCGAAUAACUCUUCUAUGGAUAAACGUAGUUCGAAACCAUUUGUUUGUGUAUAGACACUGUAGGAUUCGCUAUAGAUAACCGAAAUUCCUUGUGCUGUUAAAAAGAAACAUAUGGACACUCAAUGAUACAACUUUCCGUUAAAGUGAUUCUAGAUCUCUCUUAGUAAUCAGUUCUUCUUAACCCUCGGACGAACAUUCAAAUUCAUACCCCCACCGUGUUACAAGGGGGAAGGGGGGUGGAUGGAUCCCCCCCGCCCCCUAGAAGUGUACGAACUAUGAGCGAGGUUUGUGAUAGACUAAUCACUAACAAACACGGUGGUAAAAAUAGUUCGACUCAGUAAAUCCACACUAUCGCCUGAUGAAGAACUGCAGCAGCUAGGUCCGAUUGUUGUUCGAUGGAAUCGGCAAUCGAAAACAAUCGAACUGGAACUUUGCGGUGAGUCCACUGUCCCUGUUGAUAUUGUUAGUGUGAAGUCUGAUAUUAUGUGCAUACCCUCCUUAACUCUACGAGAUUACCAGUGAGGGUCUCGGUCAAUAAGUUUAACUUCGUCCCAGAGCAGAUAAUGCUCUGUCUUAUUGGCGUGUUCAGAAACGGCCGAAGUUUGAGUUUGUGAAAGCAGUAUAUCCCUAUCGUGCUCCUUAAUCCGUUCAUGCUUCACCUUCCCGUUCCGCCAAUGUAUACUUUGCAAGGAAUCUUAAACACCGUGACUGUUUUGGUGGACCCGUUCUGCCAACCACUUAACCGUUUUUUAAUACUUUCAUUUUAAUUAAAGUUUAGAAACUUGUUUUACAAUCUUAAUGACUAUACUACAUAUAUUUAAAAAAAUCAUUAAUAAUGCAGAAAGAAGAAAUACAAGAAAUUAAUGUUUAGCGAGUGUCUUUAGAUCUGACUGAAGACAAGGCUGAGCUUUACGUCCAUUUUCUUGGAACAAAAAAAAACCUAAAUCUAAAUAUUGGCGCUAGAGAUUUUCAAAAAACUUGCAGUCGUGUAUUAUCAAGUUUAAUCGAGUUUUUAAACCUCAUAUUUAUAAUCUAUUUUUUGUUAUUCUUCUUUUACAGUACAUUAUAUAACGACCAUCUCUAUCCUUUGAUUGACAGAUUAUAUUUGAAGGAGUAAGGGGUAAAAGUUUCGAAGGUGACAUAGCAAUUGAUGACUUUUCUUUAACAUCAGGGUCUUGUGCAGGAGGUUAGUUAAAUUUUUCUCUUUUGAUAAACGGUCCUCAAGCGCGUUUUAAUUAUUUAGCUUUAAACCAAGUCAUAUAACCGGAGUUAAAUUGUGCUCAGCAAAAUCUCAGAUAAGAUGCAGAAAGGUUUACCUAUGUAUUGAAUGAUUUGAUCUGAAAAAUACGUGAUAAUCAGUUAGUUUACAGCUGUUGUGGCUGUAAUCAUACAUUAAGACACUCACAAUCUACUGAGAAAUUAAUUUUUUAUCUACGACCUCUCCCUCGGAAAUCUGUCAGGUAAGGCAAACUCAACCUCUAAACAAUAAACUAAGUAUUUAAGCGUUGUUUCAGUCGUAGAAAAUUUCCUGGUCCACUUGACCGAAAAUUUCAUUCCAUUCUUUUGUUGGGUUUGGUUGUCUCCAGGAAAAGUUAGCUGGCUUGAGAAAUAGAGAAAGGCAAUUACAAUCGAUCCUUGAAAUGAAAUGCUUCGAAUGUUCCAUUUUUCAUGUGGCAGCACUUCCAAUUUCGAUCCAUUCUGACUGUAUUAAAAAAUAUAUAUAUAACUGGAAGAAUAAAGAUCUUUGUUGGCGCAACUCUGUAAAAGCAGAUAUGCCGGUCACGUGAACAUUAGUUAAGUGAUGAAAUCUGAUUCCCAAUAUUUGCUUCGCGUGUAAGCAAGUAUCAACGAAAAACGGAUAAAGUCACUCUCUUCAACUUCUUUUUUUAUAUCUUUUUAAUAUUAGUAACUCCACCACCGCCAUCAACACCGGCACCUCCAACCCCAUCUGGUAUGUAUAACACUGUCGUCCGAUCAAUCGACAAUAGCUUAUAGCUUUAGAAUGUAGCUUGCAGCGCUUGUCCACAAUACAGAACUUUUGGAGGUGUAGCUGCCAUGCAAGACGCACUAUAGCUCAACUGGAAUUAAAAAGGCUCAAUAAUAAUAAUAUAGAGCGUUUUUACAUGUUGGCGGCCAUGUUGGUGUACCAAGACAACCCUGUGGGAAUUGAACUCCUUUCUUAUGUAUAGACUUUCUUUUGUUACAAUAAAUUAGCAUAGAUGCUGGCCACCUGAGUGAAAACGCUCUGUAGCUGUUUUUCGGUCCUCUUUCAUCCGUUUUUGUAGUAUCUGGCCAGAUAGUAGACUUAUAACGGAAAUUUUUCCGACUGUCUAUAACAGGGAUAGUGCUUAUUAUUGUUACUUUUAUGACCUGUAGUUUGACGCUUAAACAGAGUGACGGUAUAAAAGUGCGCCCUUUGAAAUAUAUAUGUUUGCUUGUUUACUCUCUUUUAGCAACUAUAUGCAGCUUUGACGCUUCAAUGUGCGGCUUCCUGCAGGACAAAAAUGACAAGUUUGACUGGACUCGACAAAAAGGACCAACAUUAUCUUCUGGUACAGGACCUUCUAGUGAUCAUACCAGUGGAAAUGGUAAGAUUAUAUUUUGAAACAGUCUCUAAAGAAGAACCCCUUUGUUGCUGUUGUUACGUUGUUUUCCGUUUUGUUUUCUUUCGGUUCUCGGCUGUGGUACUGGUUUGGAUGGUGUUUUAGAAUCCUUUUACUGGUAUAAGCAUACAUGUACACUCUCCUAAUGACACGCAAUAUGUAAAUUGUUUAAUUGCAACACUCGGUUUUGCUCUAUUUUUCUUUUUCUCCAAUAAAAAAUCAUUUGUAAUGUUCAGGUCUAAAAACUAUCGAAAUGGGUGAGCUCUAUCCCUUGAGGGAGGGGAGGGAGGGGACCACACUUUUCCGCUUUAGAUUCACUUGAAUGUACAAAUUCUUGCCUUUCUGACUCAGGUAUAAUGCUUCAUAAUUUCGUGGCGUCCUUAAGUGCGCCUCUGAUAAAACAUUCCGAUGAUCGAGUGGGUAUUUUAAAGUUUGGGAGUUUUAACAACGACGACGGCAACGGAAACGAGAAGGUCAAAAACGUAACAGGUUUAUUAAGCAAAACAUCAAGUUUACACGUGCAUCACGCUUUUUUGUUCAUUACGUUGCCGUCACUGCACGACUUACGACGUGAAAGUGCCUAAUUUCACGUUUAAUGAUGAAGUAAACAAGCGACGUCAACGAGUCUGAAAAACGCAAAUUCAUUUUAAAUGUGACGUUUUUGCUGCCUUUGCCGUCGUCGAUGUUAAAGCUCCCUAAGGAAGGACCUUACGAAACUACGAGGGCGGCGGCAACGGGAACAUCAAAAAGCAAUGGUUUAACUUCGCAAAACAACAGCUCUGCACGUGCGUUACGCUUUUUUGUACAUUUCUUUGCCGUCCCUACACAAAUGCGACGUGAAAUGACCAAAUUUUAAUUUUUUUUGAGGAUGGGAACGGUAAGGCGUUAAAUUUUACCAUCUCUAGCUGUCUGAACUCGGGUGCGGCCUCCUCUCUCCAGCUCUAACAUAAAUUCCCUUCUCUUAAGUAUAAACUGGGAGACUUGGGAUGAUCGCGAAAUGGUUUGAAAGGAUGUGGAGUCUAUUUUUCAGCAAGGUUCAUGGACGUCGCUGUUGUCGGAUCGUAACGUCCCUAAUACAUUCGAUCGGACGGCAACGCGCAAUUUGUAACAUGCAAUGAAUGACUCAGUGCAUUUUUAUUCCAGAAAAUAUGCACCAGUCAGGGAGCCGGUUAACAUUGAUUUCACGUUUGUGAACUCAUGUGCGUGCAACCAUUCAAAUUCCAAUUUCUUUUUAGAGCGCCCAGUGUAUCGAUUUCUUUAGAGACCUACUACCUUUAUCUCUCCUUAGGUUACUAUAUGUACAUAGAAACAUCCAGUCCAAGAGUCUCAGGUGACAACGCCAAAUUGAGGAGUCCUUCACUGAAAUUCAGCGGAAACAUGUGUCUUGGAUUCUUUUACCAUAUGUACGGUUCAAAUAUUGGGAGUCUAAAGGUCAGCAUUAAUGGCAAAGAAGUUUUCAGCAGAAGUGGUAACAAAGGCAACACAUGGCUUAAGGCCAGUGUAACUAUUUCCUCUAUUGUGGGAAGCCAUCAGGUGAGAGAUGUUUCGCUGAGCAAAACUGUGUACUUAAGUGGUUAUAAGAGACCGUGUGGGCGCGUGGUUAGAUUGUAGCAAGGUGUAUGUAUUUCCAGUUAGCGAUGUUGAUCAAAAGGUAGAACAUUGUCUCUUUGUAUUUCUUAAAUCUUCCUCAAUCUUUCAGUUCUUAUUCUGCACGAAAGGUCAACGAAUUCAGGUUUAUUUGUAACUGUAAAAUGUAACGUUAUGUAACUGACAUCUACUGUAGUUGUUGUAGCAUACGUCAGAUGGCAGAUGGUGUGGAAUAAGGAAAUGAAGAGCUAAAACCUUUUCCGAAUAACUCUCCUAUGGAUAAACGUAGUUCGAAACUAUUUGUUUGUGUAUAGAUACUGUAGAAUUAGCUGUAGAUAACCGAAAUUCAGUGUGCUGUUAAAAAGAAACAUUUGGACACGUAAUGGUACAACUUUCCGUUAAAGUGAUUCUAGAUCUCUCUUAGUAAUCGGUUCUUCUUAACCCUCGGACGAACGUGCAAAUUCAUACCCCCACCGUGGUACAAGGGGGGCGGGGGUGGAUGGAUCCCCCCUCCCCCCCCCCAGAAAUGCACGAGCCAUGAGCGAGGGUGGUGAUAGACCAAUCACUAACAACCACGGUGGUAAAAAUAGUUCGACUCAGUAAAUCCACACUAUCGCCUGAUGAAGACCUGCAGUAGCUAGGUCCGAUUGUUGUUCAAUUGAAUCGGGAAUCGAAAACAAUCGAACUGGAACUUUUGGGUGAGUCCACUGUCCCUGUUGAUAUUGUUAGUGUGAAGUCUGAUAUUAUGUGGAUACCCUCCUUAACUCUACGAGAGUACCAGUGAGGGUCUCGGUCAAUAAGCUUAACUUCGUCCCAGAGUAGAUAAUGCUCUGUCUUAUUGGCGUGUUCAGAAACGGCCGAAGUUUGAGUUCGUGAAAGCAGUAUAUCCCUAUCGUGCUCCUUAAUCCGUUAAUCCUUCACCUUCCGUUCGGCCAAUGUAUACUUUGCAAGGAAUCUUAAACGGUACUCCACCAUCUUGUUUUCGUGGACCCGUUCUGCCAACCACUUAAUUUAACCAUUUUUUAAAACUUUCAAUUUAAUUAGAGUUUAGAAACUCGUUUUACAAUCUUAAUGACUAUACUACAUAUAUUUAAAACAUCAUUAAUAAUGCAGAAAGAAGAAACAUAAGAAAUUAAUAAUGUUUAGCGAGUGUCUUUAGAUCUGAGUGAAGACACGGCUGAGCUUUGUUUGCGUCCAUUUUUUUGGAACAAAAAAACUCCUAAAUCUAAAUAUUGGCGCUAGAGAUUUUCAAAAAACUUGCAGUCGUGUAUUAUCAAGUUUAAUCGAGUUUUUAAACCUCAUAUUUAUAAUCUAUUUUUUGUUACUCUUACUCGUUUUUUUUUACAGUACAUUAAAUAACGACCAUCCCUCUGAUAACAGCUUAUGCUUUGAUUAACAGAUUAUAUUUGAAGGAGUAAGGGGUAAAAGUUUCGAAGGUGACAUAGCAAUUGAUGACUUUUCUUUAACAUCAGGGUCUUGUGCAGGAGGUUAGUUAAACUUUUCUCUUUUGAUAAACGGUCCUCAAGCGCGUUUUAAUUAUUUAGCUUUAAACCUAGUCAUAUAACCGGAGUUAAAUUGUGCUCAGCAAAAUCUCAGAUAAGAUGCAGAAAGUUUUACCGAUGUAUUGAAUGAUUUGAAAGAUACAUGAUAAUCAGUUAGUUUACAGCUGUUGUGGCUGUAAUCAUACAUUAACACACUCACAAUCUACUGAGAAAUGAAUUUUUUAUAUACGACCUCUCCCUCGGAAAUCUGUCACGUAAGGCAAACUCAACUUCUAAACAAUAAACUAAGUAAGCGUUGAUUCAGUCGUAGAAAAUCUCCUGGUACUUGACCGAAAAUUUCGUUCCAUUCUUUUGUUGGGUUUGGUUGUCUCCAGGAAAAGUUAGCUGGCUUGAGAAAUAGAGAAAGGCAAUUACAAUCGAUCCUUGAAAUGGAAUGCCUCGAAUGUUCCAUUUUCCAUGUGGCAGCACUUCCAAUUUCGAUCCAUUCUGACUAUAUUAAAAAAUAUAUAUAUAACUGGAAGAAUAAAGAUCUUUGUUGGCGCAACUCUGUAAAAGCAGAUAUGCCGGUCACGUGAACAUUAGUUAAGUGAUGAAAUCUGAUUCCCAAUAUUUGCUUCGCGUGUAAGCAAGUAUCAACGAAAAACGGAUAAAGUCACUCUCUUCAACUUCUUUUUUUAUAUCUUUUUAAUAUUAGUAACUCCACCACCGCCAUCAACACCGGCACCUCCAACCCCAUCUGGUAUGUAUAACACUGUCGUCCGAUCAAUCGACAAUAGCUUAUAGCUUUAGAAUGUAGCUUGCAGCGCUUGUCCACAAUACAGAACUUUUGGAGGUGUAGCUGCCAUGCAAGACGCACUAUAGCUCAACUGAAAUUAAAAAGGCUCAAUAAUAAUAAUAUAGAGCGUUUUUACAUGUUGGCGGCCAUGUUGGUGUACCAAGACAACCCUGUGGGAAUUGAACUCCUUUCUUAUGUAUAGACUUUCUUUUGUUACAAUAAAUUAGCAUAGAUGCUGGCCACCCGAGUGAAAACGCUCUAUAGCUGUUUUUCGGUCCUCUUUCAUCCGUUUUUGUAGUAUCUGGCCAGAUAGUAGACUUAUAACGGAAAUUUUUCCGACUGUCUAUAACAGGAUAGUGCUUAUUAUUGUUACUUUUAUGACCUGUAGUUUGACGCUUAGACAGAGUGACGGUAUAAAAGUGCGCCCUUUGAAAUAUAUAUGUUUGCUUGUUUACUCUUUUAGCAAAUAUAUGCAGCUUUGACGCUUCAAUGUGCGGCUUCCUGCAGGACAAAAAUGACAAGUUUGACUGGACUCGACAAAAAGGACCAACAUCAUCUUCUGGUACAGGACCUUCUAGUGAUCAUACCAGUGGAAAUGGUAAGAUUAUAUUUUGAAACAGUCUCUUAAGAAGAACCCCCUUGUUGCUGUUGUUACGUUGUUUUCCGUUUUGGUUUCUUUCGGUUCUCGGCUGUGGUACUGGUUUGGAUGGUGUUUUAGAAUCCUUUUACUGGUAUAAGUAUAUAUGUACACUCUCCCAAUGACACGCGACAUGUAAAUUGUUUAAUUGCAACACUCGGUUUUGUUCUAUUUUUCUUUUUCUCCAAUAAAAAAAUCAUUUGUAAUGUUCAGGUCUAAAAACUAUCGAAAUGGGUGAGCUCUAUCCCUUGAGGGAGGGGAGGGAGGGGACCACACUUUUCCGCUUUAGAUUCACUUGAAUGUACAAAUUCUUGCCUUUCUGACUCAGGUAUAAUGCUUCAUAAUUUCGUGGCGUCCUUAAGUGCGCCUCUGAUAAAACAUUCCGAUGAUCGAGUGGGUAUUUUAAAGUUUGGGAGUUUUAGCAACGACAACGGCAACGGAAACGAGAAGGUCAAAAACGUAACAGGUUUAUUAAGCAAAACAUCAAGUUUACACGUGCAUCACGCUUUUUUGUUCAUUACGUUGCCGUCACUGCACGACUUACGACGUGAAAAUGCCUAAUUUCACGUUUAAUGAUGACGUAAACAAGCGACGUCAACGAGUCUGAAAAACGCAAAUUCAUUUUAAAUGUGACGUUUUUGCUGCCUUUGCCGUCGUCGAUGUUAAAGCUCCCUAAGGAAGGACCUUACGAAACUACGAGGGCGGCGGCAACGGGAACGUCAAAAAGCAAUGGUUUAACUUCGCAAAACAACAGCUCUGCACGUGCAUUACGCUUUUUUGUACAUUUCUUUGCCGUCCCUACACAAAUGCGACGUGAAAUGACCAAAUUUUAAUUUUUUUUGAGGAUGGGAACGGUAAGGCGUUAAAUUUUACCAUCUCUAGCUGUCUGAACUCGGGUGCGGCCUCCUCUCUCCAGCUCUAACAUAAAUUCCCUUCUCUUAAGUAUAAACUGGGAGACUUGGGAUGAUCGCGAAAUGGUUUGAAAGGAUGUGGAGUCUAUAUUUCAGCAAGGUUCAUGGACGUCGCUGUUGUCGGAUCGUAACGUCCCUAAUACAUUCGAUCGGACGGCAACGCGCAAUUUGUAACAUGCAAUGAAUGAUUCAGUGCAUUUUUAUUCCAGAAAAUAUGCACCAGUCAGGGGAGCCGGUUAACAUUGAGUUCAAGUUUGUGAACUCAUGUGCGUGCAACCAUUCAAAUUCCAAUUUCUUUUAGAGCUCUCUGUGUAUUGAUUUCUUUAGAGACCUACUACCUUUAUCUCUCCUUAGGUUACUAUAUGUACAUAGAAACAUCCAGUCCAAGAGUCUCAGGUGACAACGCCAAAUUGAGGAGUCCUUCACUGAAAUUCAGCGGAAACAUGUGUCUUGGAUUCUUUUACCAUAUGUACGGUUCAAAUAUUGGGAGUCUAAAGGUCAGCAUUAAUAGCAAACAAGUUUUCAGCAGAAGUGGUAACAAAGGCAACACAUGGCUUAAGGCCAGUGUAACUAUUUCCUCUAUUGUGGGAAGCCAUCAGGUGAGAGAUAUUUCGCUAUAUACAAAACUGUGUACUGUAAGUGGCAAAAGAAACAAUGAUUGAAGUGUAGCAAAGUGUAUGUAUUGAUCCAUUUAAUGAUCAGAAAGGCAGAAAAUAUGUCUUUUUCUUUCUUAGAUCUACCUCAAUUUUUAAGUAAAGAUAAAUUAAUUUCGCACGAAUGAUCAGGUUGACUAGAACUGUAAAAUGUAACGUUAUACAGUACCUAACCCUGCUGUUGUUAUUGUAACAAACGUCAGAUUGAAGUAAGUAUUUUCCGAAAAAAAAAAAAAAAGAAAUGACGAUCCAAAACGUUUCCAGAAGACUUAACUAUAGAUGAAAGUUGCCCUAAACUGUUGAUGUAUAGAUAGUUAAGAAUAAGUAGUAAACGACAAGUACAUUAAUAUUAAGGAAAACCUUAGUUACGUGGUACAUAUCGCCGGAAAACCUCUCUAGUGACCACGGUUUUCACUAAAAUUUUAAUAACUCAGAGCUCUCAUUCGGAAAGCAGGGGAAGUGCCGAUGGAACGCCCCGUUGCCAUUCACCUGUUUAUUUAUAAUUCUAAAUCUACUUUUCCUUUUGCCAAAUUUUAACAAUUUUUCAUACUUUCAAUUCAGAGAGAGUUUCGAAACUCGUUUUCCAAUGAUCGAUAGUUUUUAUUUUAGAGCGACCACGCAAAAUUGGUAACAGUUUAUCAGCUGCGCAAUGUUUUUGAUUGACAGAUUACAUUUGAAGGAAUAAGGGGUGUGAGUUUCGAAGGUGACAUCGCAAUUGAUGACUUCUCUUUAACACCAGGUUCUUGUCCAGGUAAGUCCUUUAGAUAAACAGCCCUCAAACGCUUGUCUUGUAGCUUGAAAUCGCCCCAUGUAAGGGAAUCCGGAAUCCAGGGAUUCUUUGCUUGUAAGAUCAGGAAUCCUGGGCUUUGUAAUCCGGAAUACAGCUCAAGGAAUCCAGAAUCCUACUAACGAUUGAAACUUAUUCAUAAAUUGAAUUUUCUCAGCAAAAUCGCAGCUUAGUUAAAUGAGUAAAAUACUUCUAAUAAUUAGUUAAUCUACAGUAUUCGUGUAUAAUAUACAUCACAAUAUAAUCCUCUAAACUGGAUUUUACGAUCUCUUAUCACUGAAAGAUGUCAUGUAGAGAAACGUCAAUACCCCCACCCAAAAAAAAACACUGAGUAGGCUCCGAACCUUAUUCAAGUAAGGGCAAUUACAGCUUCUGAAUGGUUAGUUUUGAGCCUUUAUUAAGGGUUUCAACAAAAUCUGUUUAAUUUGUUUCUUUAUUUUUGUUUGAACUUUAGUGACGACACCUCCUCCAACUGCUUCCCCACCACCACCUGGUAGGUAUAUUUGCCAUCUAUUCCCUCAGUAGCAGUUUUUAAGGUGAUAUAGUGUGGCAAAUGAUGAGAUUAAAAACUCUUGGAUCAAAAUGGAAACCUGCAAGGUGAAUUUGAACCCAAAACUAUUGAUUCCCACUCAUCUUUAGCCUGCGAGCCGCAGACGUAUUUCCGCGGGUCGUUGCUUCUCUCACAAAAAGAUAUAGAGUAGGUCUGGAUCAGUUGCAAUCGAGAUUGGAAAUGCUGUUUCGUGCAUUUUAUCCGACACAGUGCUUAAUCUCAAAAUGGUAGGACCAUAUUUUAUACGGUUCACUUAUAUUGGUUAUAUUGGUUCUAUGGCCUGACCGUGAGACUGACCGGAAACUUCUGCUAACGCUCCGCGUUCUCGCAUAUGUGUAUUUGUUGUCAGGCUAGUUUAGAUCAUUUCUUUUUCUUUGUUGACUGAUGGGAGACAAAGUGAAAGCGUUAAGAAGAGAAAAUGAUGAUUUAAAGAGACAACUGAAUGAUCUAAAGAUGGAAUUUCAGUCUAUCAAGUUGCAGACUCUCAAUUCAAGUGAAUUCAUUCUCUAGAAUCGGAACAAAAAUAUGGAAUGAAAUGCCUGUAUCUUUAAGAAAACUUUCAAAAAAUGCCUUUAAGAGGAAAAUAAAACAAACACUUUUUGAGAUCCUAGCUUCAGAAGACUGUUAUAUUGAUCUACCAGAAAUCGUCCAAAAAGUAUUUUUAAGUUGAAUUUAUUUUCCUCUUAGUUAGUAUGUAACCAUUUAUCGUUUAGUGUAUCAGUAGUCUCUUGUCAUAACUGUUGUCAUUUAUUAUUAGUAAUACCGUUAGUUUAUCAGUAGUCUUUAGUCACUUUUGUCAAUUUUAGUUUCUUUAUAGUUCUCUUGUUAUUUUUAGUUGAAUUUAGUUGUAUUUAUUUUCUGUAAACAUGACCCGCCUAAUUUAGCUGAGCUACCCGCCUCCGGCAUGUUAUAAUUGUACUUUUACCUUAAAACACAAUAAAAAAAAUGUGUGUAUGUAUGUAUAUGUAUGUUACAGAGGGACUGAAUCUGCAGGUUCAACAAGGUUUCUAAUUGGCCAUCUGUCAUUGAAAUUGACAUUGAAAUUUUUUCCAGGAACCAAAUUUUGGAACUUUUAAAAAGCCCAUGCUCAGUUUAUUUCAUGUGAUCAUUUUCUGAUUUAAUGCGAUAAUAAAUAGAGGAUAUUACACGGUGGCGCGAAGAUAUGAAUUUUAUUUUCGAGCGGGCAAAACAAUAUUUUACUCACUCGCUGCGCUCGUUCGUAAAAUAUUGUUUUUGCCACGAGAAAAUAAAAUUCAUAUCUUCAAGCCGCCGUGUAAUGUUCUUUUUAUUAUAUAGACAAAAAGACAGCGAAAAAAUAAUAAAGAGAAAUGACCGAAAUUACGUCAUCGAUAAACUCACGUGUGAGAUUAUGGAAAAUAAACCACUCGGAUCCCGGAUGUAGUUUUUAUGAAUUUUACGUGUGGUAUAUUUUCCAGUAAAACACUCGUGUCUAUAUAAUAAAACAAAAUAUUUAGGGCAUCACUUCCAAUAUUUGAAAUAAUCGCCUCCCUCGAAUUAUCGCCUAGGCUAUUAUUCGAGGAAACAUGGUAUGUUUUUCUGUUUCCCUUUCCAAAAGCCAGCUGCUGUAUAGCUUGCUCAUAGGUUAAACACUGAGGAGUAAUCAAACCAAAGUUAAAGUACAUUAUUUUAGAGAGUCUGAACUAAACCCGCUGCUCUUUUUAAGGUUCUUGUGGUGUUCGUCCACACGCCAGAAUUGUCGGUGGUGUAGCUGCAAAUCAUGGUUCGUGGCCAUGGCAAGCCAUGUUACGUACCACAUCCGGGUUCCCUUACUGCGGGGGAUCCUUGGUACAUCGUGAAUGGGUGGUAACAGCGACUCACUGCGUCACAGGAAAGAGUCCUAGUAGCAUCUUUAUCAGGUGAAAGAUUUGUUCUCCUAUUUGUGUUAACACGCACACUCAGGCAUGACCCAGAGGCUACCUGUUAAUAUACAUAUUAGGCCUGUAAAAAGUCAAAGAUAAAUUAUCUUAACAACUGCAAAUUUGAUAUUAACAUACCACUUUAUCUCUUAAGGAUUAUUGUUAACGUUUAAUUUAAAAUUGAACUUUUUUGGGUCAGGUGACAUUUUAAACACUUUCCUUAUUUGAAUAGAAAAGUGAUUAUGGGCUGUAAAGAUGACUCUUUCUUAAGGUGACCCAGAACGCAUCCAUACAAAAACCGCCAACGUUGUUUAGUUCAUCCUGGAUUUACUGCGUUUUACCUUUAAAGGGUUGUUCUUAAGACUAGGUCAGAUGUUCGUGAGGCUUUUCUUCUUCUAGUUGUUGUUUUUCAGUAUUGAACUGAAGAUUGUUCCCCCUUCAAUACAGGGAUUACGAUUAUGCACCGCUUUUUGGCCGCCACAAUAGACCGCCGUCCAUGACCCGUUUCACAUCUCCGUCACUUUUCUUUAACUACAAUGUAUUAAAAGUUUGUUGAGGCUUAAAGAACAUAACGUGUACAAGCAAAAAUACUCGUAGCUUCUUUCAUGAGAGGUCUAAGAUCGUGUUUUAUCUAUCCCGCUUGAGAACAAGAGAAAUUAAACAGCAAAUUUCAUGCUGGGAAAAUAAAAUAUAUACUUGCCAAGGAUAAUUAAUUUUAUUAUUUAAUGGUAAAUGUCUCAAAAUCAAGCUAGAUAAAAUCAAACUAUAUUUAUUUAAAUCAUAACAAAAAAAAAAGCAAUUGUUUCCUCGUCAUUUUCGGUAAUAGGUGGGCAAGAGAAGUGGUGGCAGCCCGGGAAUAAAGGGGCGGAGGGGUGCGGAAGGUGGGAAAGGAAAGGGCGGGAGGUGGGAAAAUGGUAGGGAAGCAGGAAAACUAGGGGAAAUCACGCAACAAUGCUGAAUGUUUCGCAAUUGAGGAGCUUAAGAAACCCGGGAAUGCAAGGUAUGGGAGGCCGCAGAUGUUUGAGCCCCCUGCCUCCCUUAUACUAAUAUUUACUGUACGCUUUAGAUUGAAAAAUUUCCUGUAUUAUUGUUUCCUUUUAUAGACUCGGCGCCCACAGACGUGUUAUCGCUGUCGGCACUGAGCAAGACAUUAGAGUGAGUAAAGUGAUUACACACCCUUCUUACCACACGCCGUUGAGAUACAGUCACGACAUCGCUUUACUAAAGCUGUCAAGACCAGCUAACUUAACCAAGUAAGUUAGCCUUUGAGCAACCUUAAUUUACUACAAUCGCAAAAAGAAAGCAAUGUUCAGACUAGGAAAGCUGGUCAAAUUAAGGCUAAUGCAGAUCGAAAAAUGUCUCUCUUACUUCAAUAAACCUUUGAGCCUGAAGUGUUAAAGGGUUGUUUGUCUUGUUGUCGUGACCAAUGCCCUGUAUUGUCAAAAGCCAGAGGAACUGAGCCUGAUAUCAAACAAUAAGAUUACUUUUGAAGCAAGAAAUUUUAACCUCACCUGUGCAACCUAGCUAAAUCUCUCUGUCUGGAAUUGAGACGAAGUACUGUGGUGUAUUUGUGUGCUCAUUUACAGUUUCCACGAUGACUUGACGAGAGGAGAUGAUGAUAAUUACAACCAUCAUCAUCAUCAGAAUUUUUUAUUUUCUUCAGGUAUGUUAAUCUGGUUUGCCUUCCUCACGCGGUAGCAGCACCUACCGAUGGCACCAGAUGCUGGAUCACAGGCUGGGGUCGACUUGCUUCAGGAGGCGCCUCUCCAGAUUAUCUUCAGCAGGUUUCAGUUCCCGUUGUAAGCAGAGCCCGUUGUGAUAGAGCCUAUCCUGGAAAAAUUCACGACUCCAUGAUCUGCGCGGGCCUUGACCAGGGAGGAAUUGACACCUGCCAGGGAGACAGUGGGGGACCGAUGGUGUGUGAAACCGGUGGAAGGUACUAUCUACAAGGCGCCACCAGCUGGGGUUAUGGGUGUGCCAGCGCUGGAAAGUUUGGCGUUUAUGCCAAAGUGAAAUACCUGCUAAAUUGGCUAAAUACCGAAAUGGCGAAGAACUAAUCCAAAGGAAUAACGGCUGAAUUUAAGAAAAUACUAAGGGGAUCUAUAUAUCAUAGAAUAUCAGUGGAAAUAAGGAAGAAGAUUUAGGAAUAGUAACGGACAAGAAAAUAAAGGCAUUUAAAAUGUAUUUGUGUGUGUGUUUCUUGGAUCCGGAUUGGGCUUAGGUCGUUGUUGUUCUCUUUUCGUUUUGUUUCUUUUUUUCUGUCUGUCUGUCUGCCUGUCUAUCCUUUUAUCUUUCCUUUUUUCUUUUCCUUUCUUUCUCUUUCUGUUUUUGUUUUUAUUUUUGGUCGGUUUUUCCUUUGAGUCCACCUUCAUUUGUCCUGAAGUGGAUUAUGGAGAGUUUCAAGAACUCCUUUAUUAAGGCGAUUUCUCCUUUCUAGUUUCGUCGGAGUAAAGGAGCUUUAAAUUUGAAAUUUUAUCCAGAACUGUGAAUAUAAUAGGCCUCGAAGAUUGAAAAAACAUUUUAAAUUUUAUUGCAAAUUAACUUCAUCAGUAUUCACAAUUUUGCCCACUUCUUGCCUAUUUUUUGUUUUUUUUUUGUGUUUAGCCCCAAAUAUUUCACUUUUUGAACAGUUUGGAAAAAGAAAAGAAAAAUAACCAUGAAAAGUCGAUCCCAGAAAUAAGAAUGGUUUCCGCGAAGUUCAGUGAUUUCUACUCACUACUUAAUAUUUUUUACAGUUGGCUUGGAAUAGGUUUUUCGAACGCCUGUUAAGUAUAACUUGCACAGACAAAGGGCAAUUUUCUGGCUUGGUCAAAGAGAACUCCUGGAAAGCCUCGAUCGAACAAAAAUGUUGGAGAACUGACGCCUAUACGAAAUGGUGGUUACGUACCCUGCGAGCAGUGGUUUCUCCAGGCCAAACGCUACGCUAAGAAAAGAGAGGACUGAGAGCGACCGCUUGCUUCUCUGAUCGAGCCGCCGUCCAGCGCCAUGGACGAAUAAAUUAACAAGUUAAAGCUCUCGCGCAUCGGCUUACGCUUAUAAUUGUUGCUUUAACUCGAGCAGUCGAGCCUACCGUAUCUGGUCUUCUUGUUAAGGAAUAAGCAGCCCACUGGCGUUGUACAAAUACUCACGACAUGUGUUUUAUCCAGCCCAACCCGAACUCGGGCCGAGCGCAGCAAGUGUGACGCGUCAAAAUCUGUCCCUCGAGAAAAGAGGAAAUAAUGUCAUUUGACGUUUUGACGAAGGAGUCCCGCGGUUGCGCAUGCUCGAUGGGAAAAAAUUGUCUAUAGUCAUAUACCUGUAAAUGAAAGUCCACUACGUCGGUGAUUCAAUUUCCAAUUUUAGGAUAUCGUGGGAUUGGAUUAGCCAGAAAUUGAAAUUUUUGUAAAUUAUCUCAAACGCUGGGAGCAAUUGCUCAAUUUUUCGGUUAUGGUUAAUUGGUAACAAAACUUCAUGGCGUCCAAAUUAGUCUAUAAUCAACUACAAUCAUACCCGUAAUUGAACUUCUAAUUUAACGUCAGUGUUCGAAUCUCGAUUAUAAACGCAAAUGAACUCCACUCGUUUUAGGCUUAGCUACAUAAUUUCCGAAAUGUGCACUAAAAAUUCUUUCCGCAAUUUCCAAGAAAACUGGCUCUAAAAUUCUUUUAGAGUGUCUAAAAUUCUCCAAAAACUCUCUAAAAUUCCCAAAAAUUGUAAAACAAUUUCGGCUUUUUUGUAUGGCGAGAGCCCUUUUUGGUGAAUGACCGCUGAUAAGUUGUACUGUAGACGGCUCUGAUGAAAAACUGCUGUUUUGUUAUGCUCAGUAGCUAGACAGUGCCUUAGACACUGCUGUAGCAUGUAAGCGGGCUAUGCCCUCUCUUGGUCGGUAGGAAUACAACAAAAAACAUUUUGUCAACGUUUUUGCCGUGAAAUGUUGCCGAAAUGUUGGGCGAAUGUUCAAAUUGCUCUAAAAUUCUCCAAUUUGUCGAUUUUUUUUCCCUAAAUUUCCCGAGAUUUUCUGAAUAUUUUUUAAUGUCUAAAAUCCAAAAAAAAAAUUCUGAAAUAUAGCCUAACUCGGUCCUAUUAACAUUCAAAUUUCUUGGGCGUCUGUAAAACUUAACAGUUAUUUUUAAACGCCGCAGGUAAAUGAUUUCUUUUUUUCGCCGAACACAGCAGGCGCGGCCGUGAACUGCAGGGUAUCUGGGUCGAAAUCGACUACUUUUAGUUUUUGUUAAAAGUGGAGGGGGGGGAAGGGCUGGGAAUGAGGAACUAGCCAGCAAGGGAAGGCAAAACGAAAAAUAAAAAGAUAUAUAAAUAAAAAGGGUGGACGAUAUUGGGAUUAGAAAUGAGGCUAGGUUACAGUCAGAGUUUGUUCACUUUUCUUUAUUUAAUUUACUAUUCUCUCUGCCGUUCUUUCUAGAUCGACACACAAAGCCAGAAAUUAUUCAAUUUACCACUCUAAGAGCCGAAUGACAAAUGGAAGUCACAGGGUAAUCAAACUUGGUCAAUCGAUAACCAGGACUGCAUCCAUUGCCACUCACAUCGAAGGUCUUUCAAUCUUAUGCGAUAUUUCCUGUAUUGCCAGUCACACUAUGUCUUGUAAAACAAAUAUCGACAACAACGACGGCUAGUUUUCAAUGCCUUUUAUUUCACAUUAUUUCUCUUUACUUCUACAAUAUUUAACGACUGAAAAGAACACCCUUAUUCUUUAGAAUCCCCUUGAACGUUAAACGUUAUUUCUUUUAACUAAUUCUUCAUCAUUUCGUCAUUGAUCCGCUUUAGCACGUUUUUCACCUUGGAUUAGUUCUUCGCCAUUUCGGUAUUUAGCCAAUUUAGCAGGUAUUUCACCUUGGCAUAAACGCCAAACUUUCCAACGCUGGCACACCCAUAACCCCAGCUGGUGGCGCCUUGUAGAUAGUACCUUCCACCGGUUUCACACACCAUCGGUCCACCACUGUCCCCCUGGCAGGAGUCAAUUCCUCCUUGGUCAAGGCCCGCGCAGAUCAUGGAGUCGUGAAUUUUUCCAGGAUAGGCUCUAUCACAACGGGCUCUGCUUACAACGGGAACUGAAACCUGCUGAAGAUAAUCUGGAGUGGCGCCUCCUGAAGCAAGUCGACCCCACCCUGUGAUCCAGCAUGUGGUGCCAUCGGUAGGUGCUGCUACGGCGUGAGGAAGGCAAACCAGGUUAACAUACCUGAAAAUUCAAAAUACGGAACAAGCAGAGUGUUAUUGAGACUUUAAGUCCGAGUCACCAUGCAAAAAUGUUGUUUGCUUGAAAGUGGUUUUGUGAUCGAACCUGUUGUCCUUGACACAAAGUGCUACCAAAUUCACUCCUUGAAAAAGAAUCUAGUAAUCACAACUACAAAUAACAACAACAAGAAACACUUAGCUCUUUAAUUUCUGAAAGUGUCGUUGCAAGACAGUUCUAUCGAUUACUUUUAAAUUGUACCGAGUCAUCUCAUAGAUCAGUGCCAAACAGCACAAAAGAACCUUAAUUCUUCUAUGCUUCAGCGUACUUUAAAUACUAUAUAAAAAAAAAGAAGUGAAAAGGAAAGAAAAGAACAAGAAAUAAAAGGCCAGUAGGGCUACAUACCUCGAGUGAAAAGAUCAGAGAAUGGGUACAUGCAAAUGCAUGCAAUUCAGAAAUAGAAUCAAAAAAAACUAGAUUCAGAGCCCUGACUUAGUUUGCAAUAAAGGCGGCUUGUACUAAGAUUUAAGAAAACCCUACGAAAAAAUUUUGUUUCGAGUCGCCAAAUUGUAACUUCUGAUAGGAUUAAGGCAAAUCAUUGGUUUUAGCAGGUUGAUUAAGAGCUAAUUUUGCACAUGUGAACGCUUGAUUCGUGAAGCGUGAGAGCCGCAGCUAAUCCAUACGUUUGGCCCCUACAGACAAACUUUCAUUUUAUUAGCCCAAAAUUCAUUGCAAAGGCACUCUUUCUCUGAUCUUAGUAGUCGUCGUUCUCGAAUCUAAAGGUUUCUAGGUUUUGUCAGAGAACCAGUGGAAGUUUCCAGACCCUCCCUCGGGGCCCUCUAGUGAGUGCUCUUCCCGCUGUGGCCCGAAGCUCUCGCAAGCUAAUGAAUCAACGAUUUGUUAAUAUUCUUCUGAUUCUUUCCUAACAGUUUACACACAAAAUCCGUCGAUCUAUUUGGUCUGAGGACAGAGCAAAGAAUUUUCUAGAUUUGUCAAACGGCUUUUACACUCACUUCGGUAAUAGUUGAGCUAAACACAAAUUAGCAAGUUGGUACGAAAAUUGAAAUAAGUUAUUAAAACAAUCUUGAAGCUGAGUUUAAGAUCUCAUAAGUGAUUCUUAAAACCGUCAGUAUGCUAAAAGUAUUCCCCUUAUUUUUCCAUUUAUGCUGCAUAUAGUUUGAUUAAAUGAACUUUUAGAUACAAUUUUUAUAAAUAAUAAAAAAAACUGAUGCGCUUCUUUAAUAAAAAAGUUGUAAAUGAUCAAUGUGAACUUAGUAUAAUUUUUAAACUAAAAUACGAAACAAAUUCUACAUGUAUCGUAAAGUGCUGAUUUCUUCAGUUAGCUUGCAAAAACAUUUACUGAGUGGGUUUGACUUGGAAGCAGUUUUGACGUCUAAAUUAUAGACCGCCGGGCUUUACACUUCUGCUCACUCUGUCAACUAAGGUUUUCUCUAAGUCUUAGACAUAAUCUGAAGAGGGCAAAUUCACAACAUUUUCAGUUAAAUCUGACGUUAAUGAAUUGUUCUUAAUUGAAGAAGACGAGUUCGGUUUGUUUUGCAUUGAGGAGUGACUUAACAGCUAAGACAACACCCAAACACAAAUUUGAAUUGAGCUUAUGAUUCGACAUAAAUUGCUGUUACCUUAAAAGAACUAAAUUCGUUUUAAUUUGUUUUAAGAAACAGCUGUUUAGCCAGAACUUUGUUCGUAGUAAAAUAUCACUCUUUUGCUCCAUUAGGAAAUUAGUUACGUUUACCUUUCACUUAAAGCCCCGGUAUUCACAUACACCAAGUUCUCAACAAUGAUUUCCAUACAUUUCCUUAGAAAGUUAAGUUAAGAGAUAUAACUGAAAGGAUCAAAAGCAUUUCACUUUGGCAAUCAUUUCAGUGACUCUCGUUAUAACUUUGUUCGUCCUCGAGUGCGAAUUGAUAUUGUUGGGAAAAUUGAUGCAUGUUGAUCUACGGACUUAAAGGUCGCAUUGCUCUGAGUAUCCAGCUUCAAUGCAUCAAUCAGUAAAUAAAACUUAAUUCUCUCACCCUUAAUGCAUCAAUUAAUUAACAAAUAUAACGUCAGGAACAUCUAUUGCUGAUUCUGUAUUUUAAAUAGUCGUAUUUGAUUUGUUAAUGGACCGGUUAAAUUUUUUGGAUUAAGAGCAUAUAAGAAAGUGUUUUUCUCAGACAAUUUCGCAUUCAUUUUCGAUACUGAUCGAGAUGAUACUGCUGGUAUUGCUACUUUCUGGAGCCAGUAUCGUGAGAGGUAAGAGCACUUUUGUUUUUCAAAAUGCAAUAACUAAAAUAUAUAUCUCAAGAAAUUGUUCAUUUUACAAUUUCAAUUUUUUCACAUUGCUUGUUUCUGUCUUGUUUCUUUUCUCUUUUCAUUAUAUUUUCAAAGUUGAAAGGCUCAUUAUUCCAUAGCGAAGGUUAGAAAAAAGGCAUAAUUUCACCCCGGGUUCUGAUGAUAAUAAAAUGUCGUUUAUUGUUGUAUUGCAAACAUUUUUACUCCAUUGUACAACAUUUUGAGUAAAAAUAUCAUUGAAAGUGUCUUUCUGUUAUUAAAAAUUCUUUCAGAUAGUGUGAGGUGUAAAACUUGGCCCCUUUAAUUUCGACUUUGUAGAUAGAAGAUCGCCCAUUAAUUUAAUCUGUACUUUAAAUGUCCUGUGCCUUCCCUUACCAAACCAUAUGUAUUUUGAAACUGAUUUUAAAGUGUUUAAAAUGUAUUUUCAGUAUUUGAAUACUAUUUUCCUGUAUUUUAAUCCUAUUUGACAAAAAAAUUUAAAUUUUCGCCCCUGUUUGGAAUAUAUCUUAAGUGUAGUUAAAUUAUAUUUCAUCAAAAGGAAAACCUCUCUCAUCAAUUUACAAUGUAUUUUGUUUAAUAAAUAUGAUUAAAAUAGGGUAUUUCAAAUGUAUUUUGGGCAUAGAACCACUAACACUGUUACAAACAGAGUUCAAAUAGACUAUUUGAAAUAUGUUUUAAGGGCUUAAAUGCGACUGUUUUUUAAAUACUUUUAAAUAGGGUGCUUUAACACUGUUUUGAGUUGCAUCUACAAUGUAUUUUGAGGCGCAUCCACUCACAAAGUUACAAACAUAAUUCAGAUAGACUAUUUAAAAUAUGUUUUGAGAGCCUAAAUGCUGACCGUAUCUUAAAUACUUUUAAAUAGGGUACUUUAACACUGUUUUGAGUUGUAUCGAAAAUGUAUUUUGAGACGCAUCCACUCACAAAGUUACAAACAGAGUUCAAAUAGACUAUUUGAAAUAUGUUUUAAGUCGUUAACUACUACCGCAUUUCAAAUACUUUUAAAUAGGGUACUUAAACACUGUUUUGAGGUCUAUUUGAAUUGUAUUUUGGGCACACAACACUCUGACUAUAAAAACAGAUUGUACAUAAAAUAUUUAAAGUCUGCUGAAAGACAUCAAAUGCUGACCUUAUUUUAAAUACUUUAAAAUAGGGUACUUAUUACUUAUUAUUAUUGAGGUGCAACAUUGUAAUGUAUUUUGGGAUACUUAUACUCAGACUAUAAAAGUAACAAUUGCACAAAGUUAAUUUUUAAGCCUUCAUCGUGUCACGAACUCAUAAAUGACUCAAAACAAGCUGUCAUAUUGUGGACCGGAUUCUUCUCUCAAUAAAGCUCGAGGCGGAGCCAAAAAUUAAAUCUCCCAGCAAAUCAAAAAGAAAUUGAAAAAAGAGAAGAAAAUUAGGAAUAGAUUUUAGCUUUGACUGACAACACGUAACUGUGACAGUGUGCCGAUAAAGGAUCAAUCCGUUCCUCAAUGUUCAUUACCUGCAAGCUCUCUGCGAAAAUCUCCGCCUAGAUUUUAGCCGUGAUUCAAUUAAUGCAGCUACGGGACAUUCCAUAAGUUUUUUUAAAAGAAAAUUCUUAAAAUCACAUUUUAAUUUUCAUGUAGAAAUUUUUCGCAAACAGCCGAAGCCGCGGGCCGAGAAUCGGAUGCACGCGGUCAAUUGCGGUGUUUAGACAAUGGCAAAAUUUGCAAUAAAUUCACACUGUAGUUAUAAGAAAAAUUUAGCCAUAAAGUCACUUUGUAUUAUUAUUAAAGAAAAAUUUAGCCAUUCAUUAACGGCUAAAUUUUCAUUAACUAUUUAUACAAACGAAAAAUUUAGCCAUUAAUUAAUGGCUAAAUUUUCAUAAAAUAUUUAUACAAACGAGAAAUUUAGCCAUUAAUUAACGGCUAAAUAAUUCCAAUAUAUAUAUGAAGACAGCUAAACUUUAAUAGCCGUUAUUUAACGGCUAACUAUUUCCCAUUAUAUAAGUAUCAUGCAUUUUUAGCCGUUAAUUAACGGCGAAAUAUUUGCCGUACAUAUAAGAAUACGGCUAAACUUAGCCGUUAUUUAACGGCUAACUAUUUCCCACUAUAAAAGUAUCAUGCAUUUUUAGCCGUUAAUUACCGGCUAAAUAUUUCCGAUAUAUAUAUAAAUGCAGCUAAACUUAGCCGUUAUUUAACGGCUAAACAUUUCCCACUAUAUAAGUGUCAUACCUUUUUAGCCGUUAAUUAAUGGCUAAAUAUUUUUACUAUAUAAGUAUCAUGCAUUUUUAGCCGUUAAUUAACGGCUAAAUAUUUCCGAAGUAUAUAAGGAUACAGCCAAACUUAGCCGUUAUUUAACGGCUAACUAUUUCCCAUUAUAUAAGUAUCAUGCAUUUUUAGGCGUUAAUUAACGGCGAAAUAUUUCCCACUAUAUAGGUAUCAUGCAUUUUUAGCCGUUAAAUAACGGCUAACUAUUUCUCACUAUAUAAGUAUCAUGGAUUUUUAGCCAUUAAUUAACGGCUAAAUAUUUGCCAUAUAUAUAAGAAUACAGCUAAACUUAGCCGUUAUUUAACGGCUAAAUAUUUCCCACUAUAUAAGUGUCAUACCUUUUUAGCCGUUAAUUAAUGGCUAAAUAUUUCCUAUACAUAUAAGGAUACAGCUAAACUUAGCCGUUAUUUAACGGCUAACUAUUUCCCACUAUAUAAGUAUCAUACCUUUUUAGCCGUUAAUUAACGGCUAAAUAUUUCCUAUAAAUAUAAGGAUACAGCUAAACUUAGCCGUUAAAUAACGGCUUAUUUCCCACUAUAUAGGUAUCAUGCAUUUUUAGCCGUUAAAUAACGGCCAACUAUUUCUCACUACAUAAGUAUCAUGCAUUUUUAGCCGUUAAUUAACGGCUAAAUAUUUCCGAUAUAUAUAAGGGUACAACUAAACUUAGCCGUUAAAUAACGGCUAACUAUUUCCCAUUGUAUAAGUAUUAUGCGUUUUUAGCCGUUAUUUAACGGCUAAAUACCUCCAAAACAUAUAAAGAGACUGCUAAACUUAGCCGUUAUUAAACGGCUAAAUAUUUCCAAUACAUAUAUGGAGAGGAGGUUAUUAUAUAUUGUUGAAGAGGAGGUUAAUAGCGAUGGGGCUAGGCGGUCCAUACAAACACCCCACGAUGGAGCUUAAUAAAGGGGUCUAAAUGCCCCAACCCAGGACAACACCAAAAUUGCAUUUCCAGUGAAUCACCUCCAAAUGCCAUAAUGAUAGGAGCCAUUAUUGUGUGAUGAAAACCUGACAGUGAAGCACCCUUCGCAAAACGAUCUUAGCCGCUAUUUCUUAUUAUUUACAAAUUCCACACCACCAUGACAGAAAGGUCCGGGGCGGGUGGGAAUUGAGUGAGCCGAAGGAGGUACAACUUAGCCGUUACCUACAUACAACCACGGUACGGGAUAAUCAAUUUAUCCUUUAAUGAAUGGCUUAAUAUAUUCCACGUGUAUAAAUGGGAGUUUCAACUUAGCCGUUAAUACACCACACCAUAGGUUGUUGUUUUCUGAAGUGAUCAUUUUUAAUCGGUGGUCAUUUGAUAGUACUAAAGGCGCUUUCCAAAAGUCAGAACUGGGUGGCCGGCCGGACCAUGGCCGGACCAGUCAUUUCGACAUUGAAAUAGGCUUUUUCUAAGAAUUUUUGCUGAAACACCAUCUCCUUCGUGUACACUAUAAAAGAUUAAAUCUUAAUCAUUGAUCACGCUGUUUCAAUAAAUUACAUUUUAAUCAUGGGUAUUGAGUUGCUAGUUUUACUUGUCCCACCCCUUCUUCCAUAAUAAUUAUGAGAAAGUCGAUCCAUCCAAUUUUAAACAAAACAUUUCUCGCGAGUAGUAUACAGUCAGUGUCCUCGCUAAAUUUUAGCUCAGCAGGUAAGGGACCAUUCAUGGACGGUAAGGCAAAAAAUAUAUACUUUUCUAAGAGGGGGUGGGGGGGGAGGGGGGCACAGUGGAGUGAGGGACAUGGACCCGCCUUCACUGGGAAAUUUUUUAUUCCCAUAUUUUAAGACCUAUUUUACGCAAAUCUGCUGUCGUUAUCUUUAGACAACAAAUUAAAACGUUUGAUUCCAAUAAUUUUACUAUGUCUCCAAAAUGCAUGUCCCUAAAAAGGAAAGUUGCAUAUACAGUACUAGUACAGAACCAAAAUUAUGCACGCGCAAAAAGUGGCGUAAGAAGUUGCUGCGCCGCAAGAACAUGCAAGCCACCGCAAGAAGUGAAAGUGCCGUAUUUUUGCGGACCCUUUGUGGUUUACCCGCAAGAACUUUGAAACGAAAGAAGUCAAAAAUCUUUACCGCAAGAAGCUAGAAAAUUACCGCAAGCCUCAAGAAGGCGCAUGAAGUUCUUUAUAAGUGUUAACCUGAAAGAAGUUUGUAGUGUUUGUUGCCUUUUUGUGACAACACCGUUUUGUAGCGUUGAUACUAAUUCACUCUGUGGCAGCAAAAGGUAAUCAUGAAAGUAAAAAGUUGCCUGGGAAUGCGAACAGCUUUCUCUGCUUUUUGUGCAAAGUGAACACUUCAAUCGUUUAGUUUUUCCAAAGUUAGAUAAAGCGUGUGAGGCGUUUGUUUAACAAAACGAUCUGUAGUUUCGAACAUUUCGAUUAUUUGGAUCAUUUCAUAGUACAAUACAAUAGUCUCGGCAAAACAAACCAAAGGCGUUGAAUUUCUGCCCACAAGAAAACAUGGGAAUUAUUAUAACUUUAUUGCGCUAAGUUGAAAGAGCCAUUAGUGAAAAUAUUCCUUACUUUACUUUAAUAUGUUUUUUUUCCGAGAGCGCUGAGAGGGAUAAUUUCCAUGUCAUUCCAUGAUUCGGCCUUGCAUUUCUUUCCAAAUUGAAACUUUUCUUUCCUGGCAAAAGCCCCCCUUCUCUACCACCCUUACUAAAAACCAAAUAGACCACACAACAAAAGUCGUUUGCCCAUGGCCUUCUCCUGGUUUUAUUGGCUUCUGACGUUCUUUAUCCUUUGAUCUUCCCUCACAGCCAUUUUGAAUGAAGAGACAAAAAAAACGGCUGUGAGCGAGAGUAACGUCCUAACAUAAACACCCCAUUUUGGCCGAAUCAAUUAACGGCUUAAAGAACCAACCGCGGAGCAGUUCUUUUAAUGUGGGGUCCGGUGAGAAGGGGGGGGCAAAUUUCGUCGUUCUCUUUUUGAGGCCGUUUAGAAUUAAAUGUCAAAUUACUGAACCUCUUCAGCCUCUCCCCCGCGCGGUCCCUAUAGUUCGUACAUAGUAAGCCGUUAUUUAAUGGCUAAGUUGAACCUCCUAAAGAAUAUGGCUAAGUUUGACCUCCCUCAGGUAUAUAUUGGAAUUAUUUAGCCGUUUGAUUAACGGCUAAGUUAAACCUCUAUAAACAAAAAGGAAUUAUUUAGCCGUUAAUUAGCGGCUAAGUCUGACCUUCUCUCUAACCUAUAGUGGAAUUAUAACUUCCUACACAUAUAUAAAAUGAAAUGUUUAGCCGUUAAUAAACGGCUUAGUUUAACCUUCUUUCCAUAUAUAUGGGAAAUAUUUAGCCUUUAAUUAAUGGCUAAGUUUAACCUUCUUUCCAUAUAUAUGGGAAAUGUUUAGCCGUUAAUUAAUGGCUAAGUUUAACCUUCUUUUCAUAUAUCUAGGAAAUUUUUAGCCGUUAAUUAACGGCUAAAUGUUACCUACUCUACAUAUAUUAAAGGAAUAUUUAGCCGUUGAUUAAUGGCUAAGUUUAACAUUCUUUACAUACAAGGAAUAUUUAGCCGUUAAAUAAUGGCUAAGUUUAACCUUCUCCUUAUGUAUAGGAAAUGUUUAGCCUUUAAUUAAUCGCUAAGUUUAACCUUCUUUUCAUAAAUGCUACCCAUUAUAAAUAUAUAAAAGGAAUAUUUAGCCGUUAAAUAAUGGCUAAGUUUAGCUUCUCCUUAUAUAUAGGAAUGUUUAGCCGUUAAUUAAUGGCUAAGUUUAACUUUAUUUUCAUUUAUACAGGAAAUGUUUAGCCGCUAAUUAAUGGCUAAAUUUUACCUACUCUAUAUAUAUAUAUAGGAGGAAUAUUUAGCCGUUCAUUAAUGGCUAAUUUUCACCUACUACAUAUAUAGAGGAAAUGUUUAGCCGUUAAUUAAUGGCUAAAUAAUUUCUAUAAGAAAGAAAAUAUUUAGCCGUUAAUUAAUGGCUAAAUUCUCGGUUUGUAGAAUAUACAAAGUGACUUUAUGGCUAAAUUUUUCUUAUAACUACAGUGUGAAUUUAUUGCAAAUUUUGCAUUUAUACGGUCAAUUGAGAUUUGUCUAAAAUAAGUCCUUGAAAUUUCAUAAUAAUUAAAACAAACUAUCCAAGCUAAGAUCUCACCUCGUAUAUAUUGCACUAAGAAACAAUGCUCAGAUCUGAAUAAACUCCGACAUAUGGUUAUCUUUCUCUCAUAGACUAUUCCGCACAUGCUUGGCAUAUUAUUUUUGAGAUGUCACGCGCGACUGAAAUCACGACUUCGCGCCGCGGUGAUGUGACAAAUGCACGUGAUAAGCAAACCGUCCUUUGUCCUUUGCUCAUUUUCAAAUUAUUGAACCGGCGGUUGCUCCCGGGCGGUUGCUGUGAGCUUAAAUGCGUUUGAUUUUACUGUUUGUUACGAUCUUACAAAAGUACACUCCAACUCUGCGGAUUGUCGGAACACGUAGAUGUUGCUUUUAUCACGAAUCAAAAAUGGUUAUGACUCCUCAGCGACUGUUAUGUACUUUGAAAGGUUCUGGUUCAGGAGAAGAGUCCAACAGUCUAAUUGUAAGUAUUAAAUAUACAAUGUUACUAAGACGCUUAGAUAUACGCCAUAUGAGAAACAAAUGAAGGGUAGUAAACAUUUAUAUAGUCGUGCCCGUACGGCAAUUUUACUUUUUACAGGAUUCCUUGCAGAGACUCGCUGUUUUGUAUAAAUGAUCUCACUCACUUGAUGUCACGUCACCGGCCUCUUUCAUUCUCGCGUAAAUUUAUUCGUAUGCUGUUCUUUAUCAGCCACUAAUUAAUGUUCAGGCGUAGCCUGCAUUAAGCUUCUGAUGAUAUUUGAGUAAAGCCGUGAAUAUAAUAAACAAUGUAAGUUACAUGCAUGUAGAUUAAUAUUUACCGGUAACGUCAGUAACGUUAUACCCUUUUGAAGCCAAAGGUUGAUAGCCUGUGUACAUACCCCCCACCCCUCCCUCCGAGUUUUAUUGAGGGAAGGAGUCUGUACACAGGCUAAAGAUUGAUUUGAGCAUUUCUGAAAAAUUCCAUAAGAAUUUCCCGAGAAUUCUUAGGGAAAUCAACGUAAAGUAAUCGGCUAAGAGAUAAUUCUCUUGAAGUCCUAGCCUAGGACUGUGUGGAGAAAUUUCGCCGAGGUAAAUCUUGCUUAUUCAGGGUAAUGUUCGACGGUUUUGUAUUCAUUUUAUUUCAUGAAUUUAAAUGGUAUUUCCAUCCUGUUUUUGUACUAUUUUUAUGCUCUUUCGACCGAUUUUUAUACUGUUUUCAGACAACUCUAAGGCUAUGUUCUUACAAUUUUAUACUGUUUUUGCAUUUUUGCAUCCUAUUUUUGAGGUAUUUAAUUCAUAAUAUAUGUGUGCUAUUGCUUUUCUUCUUCUGUGGUAUUUUAAUACUGUUUUCAAAGUAUUUUUAUUGUAUUUGCAAAUACGAGUAUUUUACUAAAUUUCGAAACCGAUUAAACAGCUAUUAAAAUAUAUUUUGAAGCAUAACAUUUUAAUAGCGUUUUAAACAGGUUAAAACACCUUUAAAAUCAGUCGAAAAAUAUAUCAAAAAUAUAUUUUUGUACCUAUUUUAAACCUGUUUUUUUCAAAAUACGUUUAAAAUUGCCAUUAAAAAUAGUUUUAAAAUAGUAUAGUAAAUUAAAAUAUGUUUUUGAAACUGUUUUUAUCCUGUUUUUAUUCCGAUUUAUAAGGUAUUUAAAAACUGUUUUUGACCUGUUUUGAGCCUUGCAAAAGCCCUGGAAUUUUUUAUAUAUUUUAAAAGCAUUUUAAAAUACUUUAACAAUUCUUUUUUAAUAGCGUUUUAAACAGGUUAAAACACCUUUAAAAGCAGUCGAAAAAUACAUUAAAAAUACACUUUUUACCCUAUUUAAAACCUAUUUCACAAAACAGGUUAAAAACAGUUUUCAAAAAUAGCUUAAAAAUACAUUCAAAACAGUGUUGGAUUUGGUAAGGGUUGAAGCUUCUGGGAAUCGGUAGUGUUAUUUUAAAGGGGUUGUGUCCCUGCUGUCGUCUAGUUCAUACAUUUUGCUUGUAUUUGACAAUUAUUCCACGAGUGCGCCGCGUUGGAUAUGAGAUGGCUAUCUACCAUCUCAUAUUCAACGAGCGCGAGUGGAAUAAUUGUUUUUAUUAAAAACGACCUCAAAAUAUCGAGAAUUCUUCCCAACUUUAUUGUAAGAACAACCGAUUUUCAGCUUGUUUUUAAUUUUGAGCAGAUGCGUACAGUUACCAUAUUUAGAGGGCCUGAUAUAAUGGUUCAUGAUGGCUAAACCAAUCGCAGCCCUAGAAUUGCAUUAUCAAACGAUUCGUGCCAUUUGCACGUCCUUUUUCGCAACGGAUCGUAAUUAUUGACGAAUUAUUGGUAAAUUACAAAAUCACAGCUUCAUGAUCAAGUAUUAUUAGUAUCAAACAAUACAGAGGUCAAAAAUAAACUUUGAUCAAAACUGUUAGGCUAACAAGUUUUCAAAACCCGCAGCUGCAUAUCCGUUUUAACCUUCUUCUAUAGAGUAAAACAAUACCAAUUAACUGCACUGAAGUACACGUACCAACUUCGCGGUAUUUUCUACAGAGUGCCCAUCCAGACCUCCUUUUGUAUUUGUAUUUGCAAUUGGCUAUAUACCUUCCUUUAUUGUUUUGAACUAUUAUUUUUAUGUUUCUCACAGUUUGGUUGCAGUUUCCAUUGUUUGAAUUUUGAUGACUUUCGUGACACAGCUCUUUUAACCAAACGUUCUUGGGGCUUAAUUACUAGUAAGUAAUUUCUUGAAUAUUUUUUACUUCAGCUCAGGCAUUGCCUUGUGGGGAGUACUCCCAUAGUUCAAUCACGUGUCAUUGGAGGCCAGAAUGCUAAGCCAGGAGCUUGGCCUUGGCAGGUAUGGUUAAAAGUGAAUUUAUAUCUUUCCCCUUAAGCUUAUCUUUACGAUUCUGAAAAUGCUCGCUUUUUUUGACGUACCGUUAUGAAAUUUCAAUCUGGUGAAGGUAAAGUACCCGUGAAUGCACUGGCUUUUAUGAAAUUAUCACCACGAUGCUUAUAAAUGGCAUAGUUAAAAGAGUGGAAUGCUGUUGAAGGCCGCCAGACCCCUUGUUAUAUGUUUUUGUGGACCUGACGGUGCACGUUACGUUCAAUAGCUUUCCAAAUAUGAUUUUGAUCUUAUUGACCAAUAUAUAGGGAACCCACGCUCUUAUUUGUAAACUGCAAAUGGAAAUCAAUUAAGAGAUAAAAUCUUACCUGUUUUGUUCUAUUCGUUAACCUGCUGUGGCGCGAAGUGAAAUGGAAGUUGUUUUACCAUGCGAAAAUAGCCUGUUUCAGGCGUUUAGAAUGCUUUAUCUGGUCACGCGCCGAUUGUCGGUUGUUAUUAUUGUCUCGCGUUCCAUCUUCGGUUAUUAAUUUAUUAACGAUUUGAAUUACCGUACUCUCUCUCGAAUUGUUAAUAAAUUAAUAACCAACAAUGAAACGCGAGACGAUAUUAACAACCGGCGCGUGACAAGCAUUGUGAAGUCAACAACGGUUAAAGAGUCGACUUGAACAUAGUUUUCGCAUCAUAAAACAUUCUUCCAUUUCACUUCGCACCACAGCAGAUUCACGAAUAGAACAAAACAGGUAAGAUUUUAUCUCUUAUUUAAUUUUUAUUUGCAGUUUACAAAUAAGAGCGUGGCUUCCCUAUGACCAAUAUAAACUGUUUUAGUAUUAAUUUAUUUCGACACAAUUUGAAAACAGAAAAGAAAGGAUUAUGCCCCGUCAGGGAGCAUAAACUGCAGCUCCUUUGUUUAUAUCUUUGAUCGAUGAUGUUUGCCACCUUUCAUAACAAGCUAGCUUCCUCAGGGGCACCCAACGAGAAUACAGUUCAAAACCACUUAAGCAUAGCAUUGUUAAACGUAUUUUAGUAUUUAAACGGUAGAUAUAGGCAUAUUUUUAUCCCCCCCAAAAUUUUUCAUCUGUUCGGAUUUCCUAGCUGAAAGUCUAGAGAUCCGAAAAUUAUAGGGAUCAAAACUUACCUUUUCGAAAAUUUCAGCCAGAAAAAAGGCUCCCGAAAAUUCUAGGUGACCUUUUUCUAGGGUAAAAAUCCGUUUAAAAUGGGCAAUUAUACCAAUUUAUAGAUGUUCGAAAAUCCUAGGAGAGGUAGGCAAGCAAGAAAUUUUACAAAAAGUGCUCCGAAAAUUCUAGAUCUCAAAUCGUCUUCCGAACAGAUAUUUUCCGAAAAUUGCAGUUGGAUGCCCCUGCUUCCUCUACUAACUAUUCUCAGUUGCCGAAAUAGAGCAAGGAUAUUUUCAUACUGAUAGACAUCCCAUAAUUCCUAGCGUUAUUUAUAUUACCAUCUUAUUUCUUCUUGUGUGCAUUUUUGUCUAUUAAUAUCUCAGAGCGCGGUCAGAGAACCACCCUAGGCCUCCCAUCCCCAAGGCAUUACGCGAUGUACUGUGUUCAAUGUUUGCCAAUGUACGGCUGUCCACUGUACCUGUGGACUGUAGUGACCAUUAACAACCCUCCAUAUCUCAUCGUAUAUUCAUGUAUUCAUGUGUAUUGUAAGUAGUUAGAAUAUGUUAAUAGGGAAAUGGCUACUUGGAAGAUCCCAAUGCGUACACCAAUUGCCCUUUGUGGUGAUAGUCACUUCUGACGUCUAUAGACUCCUUCUGUUCAACAUUGUUUUAAAGCUACCUCGACAGAUUAUUAUGGAAACAAAAUGAUAUAUAAAAAGCUCAAAGCCCAGCAGCCAUUUAAUAAGCUACAUGUAGUAAUUUUUUGUAUUCUUUUGCAGAUCGCUUUAAAACGUUAUGGCCGCUUCAUUUGCGGAGGGUCGCUUAUUUCUAGUCAGUGGGUGGUAACCGCUGCUCAUUGUGUGGCAGGAAGUUCGUAAGUGUCUGCAUUCUCAAUCCAUUUUUUUACCACAUGUAAGGGAAUCCGGAUUUCAAAAUCCAAGAAGUUUUUGCUCUUGGAAUCCAAAAUCCAGGGCUCUGCAAUCGCGAAUACGGCUCAACGAAGCUGGAAUCUCAUUAAUGAUUGGAAUCCGCAAUCCAAGUUCCACUGACAAAGACCUAAAUCCAGCGGUACCUGGAAUCGGGACUCUAAAGCGUGGAAUCCAGAAUCCAAGACUGUCUUGGAUUACCGUUAUGCAAUAAUGGCUUUUAACUGUAUCCCUUAAAUUGGGUGACAUCUUUAUAUGCAUCAAUGACGAAAUCUGAAAUCUUAAUGCAUUCCAGUAUAUUUUUUCACUUAAAUUAUUAUUAUUAUUACUAUUAUUAUUAUAGUAAGUUAGUGACGGCAUAUAAAAGCUCGAUUAGUUGUAUGGUUUAUCUCUUCUUAUUGCUGAGACAUUUUCCGUAUUAUACUCAUUUUUUUGUUGUAGGAAUCCCUUAAGUUAUAAAAUCGUGGUCGGCGAUCAUAACAGGAACAUAAACGAGGGAACCGAAGAAGAAGUUGGCGCCAAAAAAGUAAUCUCGCAUCCAAAUUAUAACAGUCCACGUCUAAGCAGUGACAUCGCGUUGAUUCAGCUCUCCUCGCCCGUGAAGCUCUCUCAGCGAGUUAAUCCUAUCUGUCUGCCCAAUCAUGACUCAGAUGUCCCUACAGGAUCAAAAUGCUACAUCACAGGUAUUUGAAACGAAGACCUUUUUCUACAAGAAGUCUUCAGGGUUUUAACUGUGAAGUUUAAAAAAAUAAAGUAAAAUUAAUUACAUAUUUCAACAUUUUUUUCUGCCCUCAAAGAGCAAAGCCAUCUUACACGACAUCGAGAGAUGCAUGGCGAAAAUCAUGUUUGACAACUUCGGAAGUCUUAAAUUUUCUAUAAUGAACACAAAUAUGCGAACUUCAUUGUCUCAGUUCCCUUCAACUUUCUGGAUGGGUAAAAAUAAAACAACAACAACAACAACAAAAAUGAUAGGGAAGAAGGAAGAAAGGCCGUGAUUACGUUUGGCUGUUCAGCGUGUGCGUAAUGACACGCAUAGACCAUUUUCAUAAUGGCGGAUAAUUAAUAUAUUAUUUUAUAUGUAUGACAAUUAGCCUUUCUGAACUCGUUUGAAAGUAAGGAUUCUUUUGUAUUUUUCACAUGCUAACGAGGCCAGAAGGCUAAUUAUCACACACUAAAAGAAUAUAUAAAUAGAGCUCCAUUAUUAUUCAGCAGUCAAACAGCCUUUAAAGAUUUACCAACUUUUUUCUUUGAAAAAAACUUUAUUUUUUUUCUGACUUGCCCUGUUGUAUAAGAGUGAUAAUUAGCAGAUUAAAUAGGCAUAAAUUUAAUAUUGAUUAAGAAAACUAAGUUUACUUACUAACCUAGCUAAAAGCAAAUUAAAAAACUGUGAGAACAUUUUUCGUAUUUUCCAGGUUGGGGAAAGAUCAAACAUCCGGGAAGUUCAUAUCAUAUUCUACAACAAGCCAUGAUGCCUCCUAUUGACAACGCAAAAUGCAGACAAAAGAUACAGAGUUCUGGAGGUAUGUUCCAAAGCGUUGCAUAUUGUCCUACUCGUCUGAAAAAAACUGAAGAGGAUAAUCAGAUAGGCCCUUUAGGUCCUGAACUUAAACACGUCCCCUUGAAAUUAAAGACGUCAUUUAACUCCCAGGCCCGACUCGGGAACAGGAAUGAUUCAUAAAAGGCUUUGCGCUAAUCCAGGAUUAAAAUUUGUUCCACUCUUUGUAUUUACCUUCCUAUCUGUUGCCUAGAGUAACAUUUUGUGUUACCAUUACUGGAGCUGCCGCUCGAGUUACAUGUUCUUAAAGAGAAGAAACUGACCCGCGUUUAAAUUUAGCUCUAAUCUUGGGUCAAACUUAACCAUCUUUCGAGGGACUGUGGCCAGGAAACGUUCUUACAAUUGUCAAGUUGGAUGAGCUAAAAUGAUCGCAAAAGAAGUUUGAAAACGUGCCGUUGUAGUUUACCACGAGCUCGUCAACUUCCUUAUUAUAUCACAAAGCACCACCCAUUUGUAUGUAUCCUAGUGAAGGAACAAUGUUUCUUGUCCCCCACAGAAAACAAAGCAGUGACGCACUCAAAAUCCAAAUCUUAAAUCUGUAGUCCGAAAUUAACAAUCCGCGCCUGUAACGCGAACUCGACUGAAAUAGGGCAAAUGGUAUUCAUUUCUAUUGCGUCUUUUUCUCAAGUUUCACCUACACCGAUAUAUCUUUAAGUAAAUAUAAAAUACCUAACUCGCUAUUUUUAUAUCUCGAUAGUUGCUAUAAGCCUGACUCCACAAAUGCUGUGCGCCGGGGUGGAAAAUACCAUUUUAAGUGGUUGCCAUGGUGACAGUGGAGGCCCAUAUGUGUGUCUAAAUGCCGAUGGGAAAACGUACACUCUUCACGGAGCAGUCAGUUGGGGAUCUGCACGAUGUGAUGCCAAACAGUUGUUCUCUGUGUUUGCACGAGUGACUCAAUUCCGAGCUUGGAUAAAAACUCAUACCGGCCUUGGAGGCGGGGGCUCAGGUUUGCAGCUCUUUAAGUCGCGAUUAUUUUAACCACAAUGUACAGACGAUAAGAGAACUGCCUAUUUUCAAACGAUAAUCACGAUAGAUAAGCGAGUCCUGCACAGUCAGGGCUCGUGGUAACGUAGAUUUGCAGGUUGUAACUUUGUAACUUUGAAAUUAGGUGGAAUUUGUGUUUUUUCUAAUAGACCCUUCCACCUGUCCACCGUUUUUUUCAACUUUUGACAUGGACAAGUUAAGGAGAAUCUAGAAAGAGCGCCUUAAAAUUAGUAAAAUUGCCAAUUUUGAAAGUAAUUUGUUGAAAACUAACGGAGAUAUUACAUCUCAAAGUCUCGAAAUUUCACAGAGGUUUGUGUGGUGGGGGUACAAACUUGCCCCCCGCCCCCCUCCCACCAUACGGACGUCUGUAAAUUUUUCGCAACUUUCCGGAGCUAUAUCUUCGCAGGGGCGAAUCUAGGGGGAGAGUGCAGGGGGUGUGCCCCACCCCCUUAGACGACGUUCGGUUUUCUAAUACAACUGGUAUUCUGCACAAAAAAAAACUAUGUGGUUUAUUGGUGUUGAAGUAGAGCAGGAGACGAGUGCACCCCCUCAUAAAAAAAAAAAAUUCCUGGAUCCGCCCCUGCUUCGCUUGCUUAGGCGGUAUCACUUUCAAAUUUGUCAGUUUUACUAAUUUUUGAGGCACUCUAUCCAGUGGUGUUGACGGAUUUUCCCAGCUGGUCCAUGUCAAAAGUUAAAAAAUCGUGGAAAGGUCUCUUGUCUAUCGACCAAAAAUAGGUGUACAAGGUGUACGCCAUCCUCGUUUCUAGAAUCCUGGGAACGUGGUUGGGUGGGCGAAAUGGAUCUUCCCGCUAUCUUGCAAAAUAAUUUUCUUCUCGUGUCCGCCAAUUAAGUUAAUUGCUUAUGUCCAAGGAAAAAUCAAAGUAAUUAUUAAUGUUAAUCUGAUGAUUUUAAUAGGAUCACCUCCACCUCCACACACACCUCCCAUUCCUACAACUCCAGCCGGGAAACUUGGUAAGAAUUAAUUAUUUAAUCGCAUAUAUCAGUAAUAUAAGACUUGGAGCAUUCACUUUCGAAUAUCUUCGCUCUAGCUCCGCGACAAAAAUUGCGCCGAAAUCACCGUUCUUAUACAUGUAUGUGAUUAGAUGCCCUCUCUAGUAUGUUUUUUUUGUGCCAGCACCCCUAGCCUUAGUCGUAGUAGUGCUUAGCUGUUGAUAUUUGCUCAGCGAAUAACUAAAUAAACAGGUGCGUAGCUAACUGUUCGUCGAUACGAAUGUGAGUACCUGAAAAUUGUCAAAGACUGAUAAAAACAACUGCAAAAAUAGAAAGUUGCAGUAAAGAAACAUUAAAGAAGAGCAAAAUAUUUAAUGAGUAAUUGAGGACGAAAAAAUGCAAACACCUAAGUAAUGUAAUUCUUCUCCAUAGCUAGUGUUUUCCCCAAUUUGGAAAAGUCGCAACUACUCCGUGUACAGAACAUUGCCCUAAAAUCAAAAGAGAGGUGAUUACAGACAAAAGGGUGUUGAUUAUGACAACAAAUGCAAGUUAAUAAAAAAAGACUUCGAACUAGACAAUCUGACUUCAGAAUAAGUCAUUAUUAGAAGUUUAGAUAAUGUAAACCAUGAGUUGCAGCUACUAAUGUUACGUUUUCUUGCCCCAGUUUUCAGUUGUGACUUUAACAAACUUAAAGAUCUGUGCGGAUUUGUUCAGUCAAAAAAUGACAAAUUUAAUUGGACCCAGCGAUCAGGAUCAACUCCGUCUGUCAAUACCGGACCAAGCGCAGAUGUCUCUAAGAGUGGUAAUUGAAUAAUUUAAGUUAUUAGCUCUUUAAAAGAUCCCGUAAAUACGAAAAUGACAAUACAUGUAAUUGCCAAUCAUGGAAAAUGCUACAAUGGUUUAACAAGUUAUUUUUGCUUGAUGUCUCUUACGCAAACUGUCGUCCAUUGUAAACUGCCAGAAUGUAGCACAAGGACGCAGAAACGAACGAAAUGUUGUAGCAACCAGUUAGCUUAUAGUAACAGAUCAGAUUUUCCGUUAGAAGUCUCCCUGGCAGCCCUCUUUAGUGUCGUCACGCAACGCUCCUGCUGCGUGACGACACUAAAAGCGACUGCGAGGGAGACAAAUUUUCCUUUGGAUUUCAACUCAUGCAAAAUAUUCCAAACAGAAAAAUUUAUAUGUGAAAAAAUAAAAUUAUAUAUUGUACUUUCAAUUUCGUCAGGGAAAUACGUAUACAUCGAGACUUCUUCCCCUAGAGUUCAAGGAGAUAACGCAAUUCUGGUCAGGAGUGGUCUGUCAUUCAGCCCCAAGAAAUGUCUAUCUUUCUAUUAUCACAUGUAUGGCAGCUCAAUGGGAACACUUAAUGUCCGCGUUGGUAACAGUACGAUAUUUACAAAGUCUGGUAAUCAAGGAAAUAAGUGGAUUAAAGCCUCGGUUGAAAUCAAUAAUCCUGACCCUGGAGCGUCAACGGUAAGUGUAAACGGUUCGUAGUUUCUUGAUGAACAACGCGGACGGGUGCAAUCACCAAAUAACAAAAGAUCACCAAUUACAAAAAAGAUUGACAAUACAACCCCGCUAACUCGAACUCUGAAGGGAAACCAAAAACAGUUCGGGUUAUCAGGGUAAUUUUUAGUGAUGUUUUGAUCAGCGCAAAGUAGUUCGAGUUAGCGGGGAAUUCGAGUUACCUGGGUUCGAGUUAUCGACUGUACAAUGAACAUUAUAGCCACACCACAACUAGUAUUCCAAUAUACCCUGUAUAACUCUUAUGUACCCUGGUAUAAUUAAACCCAUGAUGUAUACCUGUGUAUUCUUUACUGAUACCCUCUACAUCAUUGUGUAUCCUGUUAAACCCAUGUACCCGGUCACCCCAGUCAAAACUCUGUUAAGCCACGUAUACCUUAGUAUUCCAGUAUACACUCUGUACUCGUAUCCCGGUUACUUUAUGUAUACCCUUGUAUUCAUAAAUAACAUGUAUACCCUUAGGCACACUGUUUACCUAUGUAUACCCACCCAAGCGAACCAACAGUGGUUUCCGAAACACCAAAAACACAUCACUCGGGCCGGGUGAAUGGUAUAAAAUUCCCGCACAGCCUAAGCCAUACGUUUAUCACGCAUUCACUCGUCAACUCGUAACCCUUACUGUUCGUAUACGCUCUUCGUUUUUUUUUUGUUUAAUAAAUAUUAUCCGCAGUGCCAAUUUGAAGUUGUACCAGUAAGUAAUUAUUAAUUGGACACUCAGGCUUUGAAGAAGUCUUAGUGGAGGACAGUAAAAUUAAUUUAAUAAAUUUAAUUUAAUAAAAUCAUGACUAAACAAAUAAAUUAAAUGAGAGUAUUUUGACAGAGUAAGAUUUUUUUUCAAUUUUCGGGAAAAAAUAGUCAUUUUCGUCAAUGAUCUUCAUGACCCUUCUUAGCUGAUAUUCGAAGGAAUACGUGGACGCAUUUUUACGGGGGAUGCUGCAAUAGAUAACGUCGAACUGAGAGAAUGUGGAGGCGGCGGAGGCGGAGGUGGCGGAUGUGGUAAGUUAAAUCGUAUUCUCUUUAAUAAGCCCCCAGCUCCCAGUCCCCCCAUUGUCCGCUUUCACAAUGUUUCAUUAUUAAAUUCCCAGUUUGUAAUAAUGUGUUAUUGAACUUAUACUUGACUCUCAAGUAAAAACUAUCACAAACAAGAACUGACCAAUGUUUUGUUUGUCUGGUUUUGUUUUUUGUUUUUGUUUUUAUUUUUUAGGUCAAACAACAACCGCGCCACCAAUCAAACGUAUGUUUUAACUUGGAAGUAUAUGACUAUAUAUCAUGAUAACUAGGGUUAUGACGGAAGGCCUGUUAUUGUCACUCUGAUAUGAUUUAUACUUUAAUUUAUCUUUACGGUUUGCUGAGGUUAUUUAUAGAGAUGAAGCACCGCGUAUUUUCUUUUCCCGCGAACGGUAGAGAGGGUCACAUGAUCUAACUUUUCCUGCGUUUGCCAUUUGUCGGCCGCCGUUUCAACGCGAGGAGGACAUAUUUCCCGUUUGAAGAAAACGCGAAAACGCGAGUAUUUGCAGCCCAUUUGUACCGACCUUUUCAAUCUUCUUUUAGACCUCUUAUUUUUAUAGAUGUGCCCUCGUUUAUCAUCCUUCCUCCAGGUCUACAUGUACUAUUUGUAAAGCUAAAAGAGUUUUAACCCAUUCGCCCCUGAACCCCCUUAACCGCCCGUGCGGAUCCAUGUCCUUUCUACCCUUUGUGACGUCAUCAGUUUUAACGGUCAAGGACAACUUUGUCCGCUAACUUGUGCAGAGUGAAGAGAUCUUUCAAACCAUACCAGAAUGACUACAAUUCAGUCAAGGACACCGGAGAAAGGGGCAAAAAACCAUGUAACAUUGACCUGAAAACCUCCAUGAAAAUCUUGUUCCAUUGCCCACCUACCCUUCCUUUCACCUAAUCCUAAGAUCCUGAAAGCUUUCCUAAAAACUAUUUCCACCAAAAUGAAGCCUACUAAAUGCCCAGCAAGAGAAAAAAAAAAUGAGGCAAGAAAAGCGAAAAAAGAGGGGAGGAGAGAAAGCGAAAAGUAAAAGUCAAGACGGCUGUGUCACUUUUUAAAUCCCAAAACUCGAAAUUUUGCUUUCUGCGCAUGCCCGAACUUCGCAAGCUGAUAUUUUGCAUCUGGAUCAGAAGGACAUGUAGUGUACGAGCUGUAAACCGGUUUGUGGUAAGUCUUAGCUCUUUAUAGCACGACAGUGACCAGAAAACCACUCGACUAGCUUCAAAACGCGUUUUUCGGCAAAAUCUCCAGGAGCGAAUGGGUUAAGCAAAGUACCACACUUUUUGAAAAAAAUCCACUUUUCAGGAUAAAACAACCAAAUCUGUCUAUUUCAUGUCAAAUCAGGUGAGAAAGUUGGUAAAAGGCCAUUUUUAGGUUUUUUGAUUAAAUUCGAGCGAAAAAGAUGACAACUUCUCUGUAUACUUUUUUGUCUAGUCACAGGGAAUGGCGACCAAGAAUAUUUGCCGUGUAUCAUACGUAUCAAAGACGAGGAGUUAAAAAUAUGUACAAAAAUUGUCUAUAUUAUUUAAAAAUUAAUUAGGUAUGUUAACUAAAUGUUUCCAGGUCUUAAUUUUUAUUUUAAACAGAGUAAACGUAUUUACUUAGUUUUAAGGCCUCUCGGAUGUUAAAAAAAUAAAAUAAAAUGAACAAAUCAUUGUGUUUAAUACUCUAAUCAACACGUUACUUUACUAGCAUUCAGCUGUAACUUCGACAAUUCAACGUGCGGCUUCGUACAGGCCAAGAAUGAUACGUUUGACUGGACACGAAGAUCAGGAAGCACUCCGUCUUCACUGACCGGACCAUCUUCUGACCACACGUCAGGCAAAGGUUGGUAUAAUAGAAACAUACCUUCAGUAAAUUAAUGAGUGACUGGUGCAUCAAGAGCCUCUUCGUUGUUAACUUACCUGCUUACCUGGGUAAAAUAGAAGGAGAUGGUGGCCGAGUGCGCGCGAGGUAGUCUUCCCUAAAAACUCCGCUGAUGUCUUUCCUCAAAAGAACGCUUUUUGAUUCACGACUUUAAAAGCGAGAAGGAGCCGAAACGUAUCCCACAAUUGCUUGUGGGAUCGUUACUGGGGACGCGCCCUCAGCUACAGGACAAUUUUUCCCCUGUCCCUAAUAGCAAUCCCAAAAGUCUUAUCGAAAGUUAACUUGGCCCAAAAGUUAACUCGUUUCCAAAUAACCUACCACGAACAAACAAAUGUUCAAAAAUGUUACACCUUAGUAUGAAGUGUCUCCUUCCUCAGUUUGGAGAAGUUUCUAAGUUUAAAAAUAAUUAUGAUGCAAAAUACUUCUAUUUUCUACUUGUAAAGGAACAUGUUAACAGACAACGUUCGAUAUAUUAAAAUUCUGAGGCUUUCAGUGGUCAUUUUUCUAGGAAUUGCGAGACAGUGGAGUCGUGAAAAAUUUGUAAUUUUGUCCAUAAAAGCCUCAGAGUCAUGUUAGAAUUUUAAUACGGUAUAUGAAAGGUGAGCUAUUUCAUUUCCUCUGCAACUGAAAUGUGCUCAAAGUGUUUCUGCUCAGCAUUAAAUUGUUGAACUGCGAUUUACGAACUUGCUCCAAUGAGCAGCAUUGCUCGCCAAUAUUGAACCUGUAAAAAGAGUUAAUCCGCGGUAUCUUUUCUCAGGGUACUACAUGUACAUAGAAGCAUCCUAUCCCCGAGUGAAAGGCGAUAACGCAAUAUUGGAAAGACCCCUGUUGACAUUUGGAGGGAACAUGUGUUUUAAAUUCUUUUACCAUAUGUAUGGUGCAACUAUUGGAAGCCUGAGAGUCAAGAUCGGUACCCAAACAGUGUUCACAGCAAUCGGUCAAAAAGGCAACAAAUGGAUCGAAGCCGCUGUAAACGUACGUUUUAGCGGAAAAUAUCAGGUAACACAUAUUUUUUGCCUUUUAUAUAAGCGGCGAGAUAGAGUCAUAGUAAAGAUUCAGCAGUAAACACUAAAAUGACUGUUCCCUCAGGAAACAGUUAAUUUCCCGAGAAUCUCAUUGUUUCGCGAGGCAGAACCGAGAAAACAUUGAGAUUCGAGGGAAACAAAAUUAACCGUUUCCCAAGGGCGCAGUCCGCUUUAAGUUAUUUGUUAUAUAGCCCACGAAGAAAAACUUUUUCGUGUACAAAUGCGAAAGAGAAUUGUUUCUGCGAUAAAGAGAGAAAAAAUCUUUUUAUUUAUGUUAAUACAGUGUCAAAUAAUCUCAAUUUUGCUUUGUAGAGGUCUUUCUAAGUUAAUUAUUAACGGUAAAUCAGGGAGAAACAUGGAGGCGGUACUCCUGUACACGACACAAGUGAUGCCAGCUCUCAAACAAGUGAACUUCCUUUCAGUUAAAAACAUGUUAGAAGAAGGCUUAUUAGGACAUGACCACAUCACACUGAAUACCACAGCAUAUUAUGCAACCAAGCAACAGAUAGAUAACCGGAAGUUUCAAUUCAUGAGCCGACGACAAUCGUAUUACAUAAACUAUCGUUCAAGCCGUAAAAGAAAAAAAAAAGUACUCAGCCAACUGGAAAUAAAAAGGUCAUCUAUGAAAACGAUAAUUUUUGCUUUGAAACACCGAUUAACAGUCAAGUAACUGAUGGCUUGCACAUCAAUCUUACUCGGAGCCCCCGGAAAAAGACUCAAGAGGCCACCCCUACCCCCCCCGGAAAAUUGCCUCCUUUUUGACCGUCCCUCCCCUUUCGAAUUUCCGUUGCCCUCCGUGGAAGGCGGAUAUGGAUAUUAUCUGGAAGUACACAAUCUCAGUAUUAGGUCAUAACCCAAUGUCUUCUAUUGAUAUUGUCGACUGGUUCGAGCUGAUUUAUAGUAACUUUUGUAGAUAUCAUUUGAAGGCGUGAGAGGUAGCAGCUACGCUGGUGACAUCGCAAUCGACGAUGUUUCCUUGGUACCUGGAUCUUGCUCGUCAGGUAAGUUUCUUUCUUGCUGAAUCUCUAGAACCGACCAGGGAUUAAAUAAACGAAAGAUAUUUGCAAACCAAAGAAAUCAUAUUAACAGCAACGACCGACUUUGAAAUUUCCCAUCACGUAAGAAAAUUAUACCUUGUAUAAAAUCUGUGACAUACUAAUUUCACUCCACUUUUGUUUCUAAACCUGUGAAGAUGGUAAUGUUACGCGGGACGAUUUGCAACGACGAUUUUUAACGCAACACAGAGUUGCAAUGCUGGAACAAUGUUCUAACCAUUCGAAACAAUGUCGCAACAAUGCUGCAACGCUGUGUUGCGCUGAAAAUCGUCGUUGCGAAUCGUCUCGUGUAACUUCACCUUAAAAGAAUGAUCAGGCCGGCUUCUAUUUGAGCCCUUAAUAGCGGAGCUCUCUCUCGGGCGCGCAGCGGAGCACCAUGGGUAAGACAAAUUGGAAAUCCAUGACCAGGGCGGAUCGCCCUGCCCAUGACGCCAGAACGGCCGCCGUCCGUGCACCCACUACAUGUAAGUCGAUGAUAAUUAUUUAUAAAUGUGAGGUUAUCAGUUUGGCGGGGAAGCGCACCGGCAUCUUGUGAAGCAAAGACAACUAAAGAGUCAAGAAAGACGAAAACGGACAAAGGAAAAUGUUUCUGUAUCUGUCCGUGUUGUCUAAAGUAUAAGCUUUAAUUAAUUGUCAUGCCUAAAAAUUUGGAAUAUAGAGAAACAGAAAGACAGAGAAAAAAGAGAAAGUAGGGCGACAGGCCAGCGAAGCUCAAUGAGAAAAAGAGCUGGAGCGAGAGAGAAAAAACAAAGGAGACAUUUUUUGUUGGAGGAACAACAUGAAAUUUUGUAGCGGCGGUAAGAAAAUGAGAAAUGCUUGGGUCCACCAGGGUGCAAUGAGCGACGUGAAAAAAAAAAGUGAACAAAAACAAGUACGACCUUUCCCCCAAAAAAACGUGUAACCAGGAAGUUUCUGAAAGUUUCACGCCGUAGUCGUACAAAACAACGGCAAAGAAAUGUACAAAAAAGUGUGCUGCACUUUCAAAAUUGUUUUCUUGCUAAUUAGACCUGUUGCUGUUUUUUCACCGUUCUCGUGGGCUUCGCCGCUUAGCAUUACACGAUUUUAUAUGUUGUUUCACAAGCAAACUAUAAAUAUUAUCGAGAACUUUGCUUAUGGCCUGGCUAAAUGUAUAAAUUAAGGAUUUUCUAAAGAGCCGUGUAUUUAAUUUUGCAUUGGUGGAUGAUAAAUAUCUCCACUUGCCUUUUUUUAUCACGAAUUUUUAACUCGUUCGUAAGAUUGCUCGUUGCAUUAAAAUAGUAAUCACAGUAUGGUGUAUCGUAUCGCUCCUCGCCGCGAGUCGUUUAGAUCCCACCGUUACUCCACCACGUAGGUCAACAAAACUUUUAUCGCACUAAGAAGUAAUCGGAGAGAUGGGCAUGGUUCAAAUUAAUUUCAGUUUCUUUUGUGACGCUUUCUUUAAAAAAGUUAAGUUAAGAAAACAUACUUCAGUUGAAAGGACAAAAUGAUGACCAAUGCAACUUCCCUCUAUUCCAAAGGUGACCAAACACAAAUUAGUCUUGCGAUUCCCACAUUCGUCUACCGCAGUUAUUCGUAAGAAAAAAAUUUAUUUUAAUUAAUAACGUCUGUUUCAGGCUUAUGGCAACUGGUUUUGCCAAAGUGCUCUUGUCUUUAGAUGACUUUUAAUUUUCCCAUAGUAUUCAAUCUUGACUUUGCUUUGUCCAUAUAUAAAUUUAACAAACGUUUCAACUGUUUCAGUCACGACUUAUGCUGAAAUACAAUGAUAUCUUGAAGUCGGACCACUCCAUACUCUCAUAUCGCUUUUCUUUAUUUCCAUGAAUAGUGUAGAAUAUACUUUAAUUUGCCUUCACUUUUUUUAAGGGAGCAUAAAAGUACAAAGAAAUGUCACUUGACAACUUGAGAAAACAGCCGGAAUUUUGUGACGCCACUGACCACUGGUUACAAAAGUCUGAGAAAAGAGCGCAGAAAUUCCGGACCAAUGACGUGUCACUACUGAGACCUUCCAAGUGUUUCUGAUUGGUCGUGCAUCGUUGGCCAAUCAGAAGCAGCACUAAGAUCUUGGUAGUGACGCGUGAGUUCUCAGACGUCAUUUCAGGGGAAAACUAAUGGUAGAUUUUCUCAUUUCCGUUUCUAUCCCUACAUUUGUGAGAACACUUAUUGAUGUUCGUCCUGAAAAACAGGUUAUUUGGCAAAUAAUAAUUUCCAUCUUUUAAAAAGCACAUUUAUACCACAAAAAUAACCAAGAGAGGAUAUCACUGCUCCCAGCCCGGGUUAAGAUGAUCUACAGCAGUAAAAGAGUAGUAAGACCAGUUUUGAUUUGAGCCCGUAGUAUAAGGAUUUGGCAGGGGUCAUAUUGAGCCGGUGUGUAUCCAUUUUCUGCACAGUUCUAAGGAUAGUGAAUUUUCCAUCGUUGGUUUAACUCGUUUUCAUUUCUUUUGAAUUGUAGUUACUCCACCACCACCAUCAACACCGGCACCUCCAACCCCAUCCGGUAUGUAUCAGUCUGCGGCCCUUAUAUCAGUAGUAUUCUCUAGAAAACUUUGUUAGUCGUCUGAUUAAAGAUGAAACCUGUCGUGUGAACAACAGCCACGAAAGAAAUCAAAAAUGCAAUAUACAGUGGUCCAAAAAGAGCCAAUCAAUGAUUCACAGCAGCUCAGAAUCCAACAGCUAUAUAUAAAUCGGGACGCCAAAAGAUGGUGGUUAACACAGUUUUUAAAUGACUGGAAUCCUUCAUCAUUGAUCAAUCCAACCACAGUCUGGGAGUCCUUUCCAAGUUUUGACUGCAGUAUGAAUGAAAGUCCUAUCAGUUGCCAUGUGAAGAAAUUGUUCUCAGUAAAUGUUAAUUGAUUGCACUGCUCAUUUCAGUUGGUACUCCGCCACCACCACCUCCAGGAACUCCUCCACCACCAACAGGUUGUCCUGGAGGUAAUGCCCCAUCCAUUAAUUUUACCAGAUUUGCUUUGUUUUUGAGCACCAGUAGCCUCAAACACGAGCAUGAGCUCACCUUUAUUUGGUCAAAUACCUAGCUAACAGAGACAUGAACAUUAUCUUUACUUUACCAAAAUUUGCUAAAAACGUGUCUUAACCCUCGGACAUAGACACCAAUUCAUACUCCCACCGUGGUACAAACCCCUCCCCGGAGUUUUUUAUAUGUUGCAGCAUUUUGAAACGAUUUUACCUUUAGUAGAAAGCCUUUGAUCUUCUUAACAAGAAAGGUAUAUUCUAUUCCAUUGAUGGGGGCGCUGCUGGAGGCCUGUAAGGUCACCAACAAUGGUCGCCAUCUUGGAUUUUUUUUAAAAUUCUUUUCAAUUUUAGUUACUCCAUGUCCACCACCCGGUAUGUGUAUUUUCCGUCAUAAAUCAUGCACUUGUAGUCUUAAAAAAACCUCGUUUGUAAAGCUAAAAAGGAUUAAUGUUUUAAGCUUUUACAAAAAAGUUCGUUUAGGGCAUUACGUUAAAUACUAGUUAUCAAAAAAUUAAUGAAUUAAUAGACACAAGUCCGAGACAAAAAAUGUUUUAAAUACAAUGCAAGUAAUUAUCAUUAUAUGGAUAAGUUCACUGACUAUAGCAUUUGAUAGGUUUUUCUAUCUUCCACUUGGUUUUAUUUCUUUUUGAUUAAGGAACAUCUUACAGCAAAGAGCCUAAAAGUAUGACCGCUUUGAUUUACUCACAUUCUUUCGUGCAGAUUUAAUCCAAUCAGAAGCCAGCUGAAAACUGUCCUCGACUUCUGACUGGUUAAUCUCUUCAUGAAAGAAUGUGAGUUAAUUAAAGGAGGUUACACUUUUGGGCUCCUUGCUGUAAACAUGCUGUAGUGGUUCUUGUGGUGGCCUUCCAAACGAGAUUGUUUUAAGGUGUUGCUUAAAUUUCAAGCAAGGGGUGUGGCCUUAUGGAGAGCCAUACCACUUACCACUUCUGGGUUUCAUUAUAAUAAAUAAGCUCAAUUUCGGUUGGGUAUUGUGGUGUGCCUUAGCUACUCUUUGAAUUUUUCUUUUUUCUGUGUUUCUCUGUCAUCUUUCUUUUUUUGGAAAUAUCUUUCAGAUAGUCUAGACUUCCCAAUGGAAACCGACUUUGUUGACUGUAGCAGAAUACUGCUUACAAUGCUACUUGUAUGAUCUGUGGUCUGACACUUAGAUAGUGAGAAGGUAUGAAAACUCACCUUUGGUAACACACUUUGUUACACUUUCUUGUUUAUUUGUUUUAGCAAUCACAUGCAACUUCGACGUAUCAAUGUGCGGCUUCCAGCAGGACAAAAAUGACAAGUUUGACUGGACUCGACAUAAAGGAGCAACACUAUCUUCUGGUACUGGACCUUCUGGUGAUCACACCAGUGGAAAGGGUAAGCUUAUCAAAGUUGAUCAUUUUCAGGAAACAAUCAUCAAAUAUACAAAUAAAUAAAUUCUGAAUUGAACUAGGUAAACAAUCGAGGAAAAGCUGAGCUCUUUUCUAAACUUGAGGCUUUCCUUGGGUAGGGCGCGAGCGAGUCUCCUUCUCGCGCGCCCGUUUUUUCUUGUGCCCACUACUUCCAAGCGCCUGCUUCGCAGGCCAAGAUCUGCUUAAUUCUUCAUAUCCUACGAUAGCCGAAUUCAUUAAUUGCUAAAUAAUUAAGGCCCCGUCCACACGUAUCCGUUUUUGUUUAAAAACGUAAAAUUUUCCGCUGGUUUGGCCUACCGUCCACACUUAUCCCGUUGGCAACUGUCACCGAAAACGCAUCUUAUCAAAAACGCUCUCUAAAUUGAAGAUUUUUGAAACCUUUGCCUUCUUGUCUACGUAAGGACAGGCGAAAACGUAGGUUUUCAAAUACGAUGAUGUUAUACAUCAUAUACCACUUAUAAGCUAGCAUUAGGCAUGCGCUGCGAGAAAUGCAAUCGUAUUUCCAUAUGCGUUUCAUGUGGAAAAGCGACAAUGAUUUGGAUACACUACGUGUGGAAGCGUACUGUUUUUUUAAAAAAGAGGAAAAAAAAUCCGUUUUCCAAAAUAUUUGUGUGGAAGGAGUAGGCUUUUGUACAUUAUGCUAGCAUUUUUUCGAGCAUUUUAGUGAGGCAAAAGCAUUGAGCAUUAUUCGAGCAUUUUAGUGGCAUUUUCCCCGGAAAAUUAAUUUUUCCGAGAAAAUAAAAUAGAAAUUAACUUUUUGCAGGAGCCCAUGCCCCAAUAGCCUCCCACGCAGGCGUUUUUAGGGGAGCUCGUUUUUCAUCCCUGUGGGGAGGGAUGAAAAACGAGCUCCACUAAAAACGCCUGCGUGGGAGGCUAAUGCCCCAAGAGCUCCUGCGUUUUUAAAGAAAAUGAAGAGUAAAACUCAAAAUUCACAAAAAACCUAAUACAGCUGUUUUUUUUGGCUGUAUUUAUGAACUUGUACACGUUGUAGUUGUUACUUGCAACACUUGCACGUUUUUGUAAGUGUAAACUUUGAAAUUAAUUUAAAAAAAACCUUUUGUAUAGAGAGCAUUAUCCGAGCAUUUUAGUGACUUUUUUUGGAGACCGAGCAUUUUAGUGGGAAAAAUGGAGCAUUAAGGUGGAGCAUUUUAGUGGGGAAGCAAAAGCAUAAUGUACAAAAGCCUAGGAAGGAGCCUAAAUCAUUCAGUACCUAUUACAGUAAAUAUACACGAGCUAACGAGUGCUUUGUACAAUAAACACAAUAAAAUCUAGGUUGGUGAACGUAUGUUCUUACAAUGUUUGAUUUUUUUUUAUUGCGCACUGUUUUUUUUAUAGACUUACUAUCUUUCUCUCCUUAGGUUAUUACAUGUACAUAGAAACAUCCAGUCCACGAGUGCAAGGUGACAACGCUAAAUUAAAAAGUCGUCCACUGAAAUUCAGCGGAACCAUGUGUCUUAGCUUCUAUUACCAUAUGUACGGUUCAGAUAUUGGGAGUCUAAAGGUCAGCAUUAAUGGCAAAGAAGUUUUCAGCAGAAGUGGUAACAAAGGCAACGCAUGGCUUAAGGCUAGUGUAUCUAUUUCCUCUAUUGGGGGAAGCCAUCAGGUGAGAGAUGUUUCGCUAGGCAAAACUGUGUACUUAAGUGGUUAUAAGAGACCGUGUGGGCGCGUGGUUAGAUUGUAGCAAGGUGUAUGUACUUCCAAUUAGCGAUGUUGUUCAAAAGGUAGAACAUUGUCUCUUUGUAUUUCUUAAUCUUUCAGUUCUUAUUCUGCACGAAUGGUCAACGAAUUCAGGUUUAUUUGUAACUGUAAAAUGUAACGUUAUGUAACUGACAUCUGCUGUAGUUGUUGUAGCAUACGUCAGAUGGCAGAUGGUGUGGAAUAAGGAAACGAAGAGUUAAAACCUUUUGCGAAUAACUCUUCUAUGGAUAAACGUAGUUCGAAACCAUUUGUUUGUGUAUAGACACUGUAGGAUUCGCUAUAGAUAACCGAAAUUCCUUGUGCUGUUAAAAAGAAACAUAUGGACACUCAAUGAUACAACUUUCCGUUAAAGUGAUUCUAGAUCUCUCUUAGUAAUCAGUUCUUCUUAACCCUCGGACGAACAUUCAAAUUCAUACCCCCACCGUGUUACAAGGGGGAAGGGGGGUGGAUGGAUCCCCCCCGCCCCCUAGAAAUGCACGAACUAUGAGCGAGGUUUGUGAUAGACUAAUCACUAACAAACACGGUGGUAAAAAUAGUUCGACUCAGUAAAUCCACACUAUCGCCUGAUGAAGACCUGCAGCAGCUAGG